AUGGGCUAUACGGAUUGGAAUGGUUUCUGGAACAAUGGCAACAGCGGGAGAACUAUGUAUAAUCGUCAAAACUCCGAGACGAGCGGACAAUCUUGCGGAGGUUGUUCCUGCAACAACCAAGAACGUAAAGCCACUUGUACUGGCCUGAGCGUGUAAGUAUCUUGUUUCAAGUUUGAUAUUACUCUUUCUUGUUUUUUUAUCUUUAUUGAGUUUAAUACCUGCAUUGUUUUGUUUGAAGUUGUUUUAUUGCCACUUCGACGGAUUUUUAUCAGCGCUAUGUAAAAAACUUUGAUCCGAUUGAAAAGAGCAACACAAACAAGAGGGGGAAAUGUUUUAUUUAUUAACAUGAUUUCGACAAAAUGCACUUUUUAGAUGUUUCAGAAUUACUACUUUUGUCUUUGAAGAGAAGGAUUAUCUGAAUUUUAGGUAUUAGAAGAGGUGGGUGGUGUUCAAUUGAUAUCUGGGACGAGAAAAAUUUUACAACUUAUGCCAAAGGAUCUCUUGAUCUGAAUCUGUAAAGAUUUGAAACGCUGUGACUAAAUGUUCGGUUCUGAGAGGUUUUUUUUUAAGUUCUUAAGAGUAUCUGAUGUCUAAUAAGAAUUGUCAAAAAAUUCCAAAAACUGUUUUGGUUUUUAGUGGGCGAAUUUUCCGUACUUGUGUAAUUAUCUUCAGUUCGCAAGGUAUUACUUGUAGAACUUUUCCAACAUAUCAAGUUUAUGUAAUGCACAAGCUCGGAACAUUCGUCCUGUUAAACAUUGACCUAUACUCUAGCAUUAGUAUACAUAUUCUCUAUACUGUCUACUUAAAUUACCUAAGGUGCUGAAAAAGUUAAUUUGUUUAAUAAUCAAAAUUUACUUUGGUUGGCGAUCAUUCUCUUUAUUUCCUUGACCUUAAUGAGGAUUUAUAAUGGUAAUUGAAAUGAGUGGAGUGCAAUUUGGGCUGAAAUCAUACGCGUGAUUUCAAAAUUGAACGAGCGCACAGCGCGAGUUCAAUUUGAAAUCACAAGUAUAAUUUCAGACCAAAAUUGCACAACACAAAGUUCAAUUACCGCUUUAUUACAUCCAUUUUGAAAUCGCCCAAAUACAGGACUUCAAAUAUUUUGUUACUACAAUACUGAGCCAGUUUCAAAUUAAAUUCAUCCAUUUUUUGGGAGGAAAAAAAUAAGAGUUUUGGAAACAAAAGUUGUAAAAUUUGCCACAUAACACUUCAUAUCUUUCAGCUUCCUGCAAUUUGAUCGGUUACUUUAAACAAGCCUUGAAGUCUGAUUGGUUGUUUUGUUUUUAGUGUAGCCUCCUCAUAAAGCAAAAAAAGUGGUGCAAUUUGUGAAUAAAUUGCACCAAUUAGAGCCAAUCAGAUUACAGAGACCACCAGUGAUUUCAAAAUGGGUGUAAUAAAGGGUGACAUUGCGCAGAUAAAUUACAUGCUAGUCUUUCCUAUUAGGGGUCAGAGGAUUAAAAACGAUUGUAAUAGUUGGAUCACUUGGCAUUUCUAGACAAACAUUGAAUGUCUCUCAUUAGGUUUUGGGGGGAAUGGGGUAAAUAUUUCUGACAUUCAGACAUGGUCAUACCCAGCAUUCAGAAAUAUUAACCAAAUUCCCCCCAAAAACUUCUAGCUUACUGAGUGAGGAUGUACAGUGUUCUUUGGCUUGCCUCCCAGUCAGAGUUCACAGAGUUCCUGAGAUUUUGUUGUAACAGGCUCCCAGUGAAACUGCAAUUUAGUGUUCAUGGGCAUUGCUGUCACAGUCCUUCAAGGGUAGAAAGUGUUCCUGCUCAUGCUUGAAUUUUACUAGAGCUUGUUGGAGUGGCUGUAACUCUUAUAAUAAUGAUGAUUUGGUCUGUGGUGACAGGUCAUGGUGACCAUAAAUCAAUGAAAGACUGAAGUUUUUUGGAUAAUGAACUUUAUGUGGGCUACAUUAGCUGAUACUGGUAUUUAGCUGAUAGUUGCAUGUAGUCCAUAGGAGAUUAACACUUGACCAAUGUUUGAAAAGUAUUUGAUCGAUCUAUAGCAGGCAACUAGAUAUUUAUCAAAUAGCAGAUUGAUAACAGUUGUAUCACUUUAGGUAUCAACUGUCAGGAUAUGAGGGCAUCAAGAUACUUAAUGUCUAUCUGACAAGAGGCAAUUUUCUACAAUGAUCAACCUACUAUCAAUUUACUUUUAGCCCCCAAAUUGAAAAACUAUCAGUGGACAUAUCAACUGACUGAUAAAUUGCCUGACUGUGGCUGUCUAUCUGUUUGUGCCCUUGUUAAACCCUGGUGUCAUCAUUGACCUGGGUCCGGGACUGGGUUCUGUUUUCACAACCAGGAAUACAAUUUGCUUUUGUUGAUGGAGCAGAGAUCUGUGUGCCUUACAAGAACUUUAGGUGGAAAGACUUUUGUCAGAGGGGCUUGCUCAUCUGAUAAUAUUAAGCCCCUUCAUAAAUUAAACUAAUGCCUCUGAUGUGAGUGAGAGCUUAGAAGGGCUCUUUUCUCUUUUCUCAAAAAUCAGUGGGUAUCUAACUCCAGAAACCUUUGAAAAAUUCAUAACAAAAAAAGUGAUACAAUCAAGUUUCUCACUGAGAAUUUUAAGUUAGAUGCAUCUGGUAAUCAGCCUCUCUAGUGGUGACAUCUGGCCCUUCAUGAGAAUCAGUAACAUAUCCAUCAGUUACUUUGUUGUUCAAACUGAACUGUCACAUUUUAUAUUAUACUAAGCAUAGCAAAGGCUUGAUUUCUUAGCUUUGAAGCCAUUGGCUAGCACCUAAGUGAGCUCUCUGUCUGCAUAAGGCAUAUUUUCUGCAGUGAUAUAUUUUCUGCUGUGCAUUAAUUUAUAUCUGAGAAAUGUAUAUCCCUGGUUUUUGAAAAGGUUAUGGAGUGCUUAUUUUGGUAGUAAGCCACUGGUUGUUAACAACUUACAAUAUUAUCAUAGUGGAUUGUACAAAUGUUUGAUUUUAAAAUCACAUAUGUGAUAUCAGAGCAAAUUACACCACAAUCAGUCCAAUCAUCCUAAGCUUAUUAAUUAUCUCAAGGUACAUGUAAUAUCUAUAAAUUAAUAUUCACCAAAUGAUUGAUAGGUUCUAAUACCUGUUGAUUGAUAGGUUCUGAGUUUUGUUUUAAAGUGAUUACAUCAUGUUUUGUACCUUUUUGUCAUCAGGAACAUUAGGAAUAGGGCAGUACAAAAGUUAAAUCCAGAGGAUCUUAAUGUUGGAAUUACAGAAAUGUAAGUGUGCUACUAUAUAGAGUUAGAUGAGACUCUUUAGUCAGGAAAAACUUUGUACAUGGUAAGAGGUGGCCAAAAUAUGAGAGAACUCUGAUUAUUGUAAAUUGACUCAAAUUUUUGUGGGCAGAGAAAUGUUUAAAUAUUAUGUUUCCUUUGUAUAUUGAAUUAUGGGCAUCAAUUUUUAAAGGGACAAUAUCUUAAAAUAACUGAGUCAUAAAAAUUGAUGUGGCUGAUGUGAAGAUCGAGAAAGAAUUCACCACAUGCAGAGUGAUGGUCAAAUAAAGUAGACAUUGUGAAGGGUAAAUUUAACCUGUCUUCAUUAAAAAGUGUGUUUCUACUCUUUGCAGUAAAAUUUUCAAUUCUGGCUUAGAGUAUAUAAAUGCCACAGCUUUCCACAAUCUGACAGGCCUAAAAGAACUGUAAGUAUACCACAAUUUUCAUGGAUUCUUUUCAAUUUAGUUGCACCCAUUUUAAAAAAAAAGUUGGUACUUUAAGUUUCUGGGAAGGUUAUCUUAUCAGCAUAUCAUUAGGUAGUUAUUAAACUGACUUUAUUGAUAAAACACACUAAAACCACAUUUCUCAGAAUCACUGGUAUUAGCAGAGUUGAACAUUAGAAUUGUUCAAGGACUAAUCUGUGACAAGAGAGUGGUAUGUUAUCUUCAGUUGAUAAUUUGAGCAAUCUUAACAACACUGUUCAUUUAUUCAAUACACAAAUAAUCACAUAGAGGAUCAAUAUCAGUAUCUAGGCAACUGCCCAACUACCCCUCCCCUAACUCAACAUUAACCUUAACUUGUUGUCAAUUGACUGUUGUUGAGUUAGAGGAGGGGUAGGUGGGCAAUUGCCCAGAUAUUGAUAUUGAACCCAGAUAGACAACAGCAGGAAUGAACAAAUGCACCUAUUUCUCAACCCCACCUCCCCACACCAUCCCCUCCCCAGAGAAAAAAUGAUAAAUAUUAACAAUAAAACAAACUAAUCAACAAAAUUUACUCACUGACUGACUUGGACCUUAAAAGUAGAAAAAAAAAAAAAUGUGAGAAACCCCCAGAUCACCAAUGUGUGCAACUUAGAAUUCUUUCAGCUAGGACACUCAUCAGCACAUGUACAUGACUAUUCAAUUGCUCCUCAGGAAUUUGGCAAAGAAUGGACUAACUGACUUUCCAGAUAUAUCCAAGAAUUCUCUCCUGGAAGAUCUGUAAGUCACUUUUAGAGUGUCAUCAUCUGCAUUAAGCACUUGACAACAGCCUCCCUCUGAUGAUUGAAAAAAGUGCCAGUCAAAUUUUGUUAUAAUCGUGAUUGUCAGUUUCUGUUCUCAUGGUAAAAAAUGAUAGCUUAGAAUACUUGUGGAUAUGUUUUUUUCAUUCUUGAAUUGAUCUAUACUUGUGGUUAAAACUGUCAUUCAAUUUUUAGAGUGUGAGGUGGAAAGUUGUAUUCUUCCAGUAUUUAUGGAGAUUAAUGGCUUAGAGAACUUUUGACAUUUUAUGUGGUUCUAUUCCUUUCAAGUGCUUCUCUUUUUCUUUUGUAUGUAUAGCAGAACAUUUUCUUAUCUUUAACCAAAACAAGAGAAUUUAAUAUUUCCUUUACUAUCCUUUUGUUUCUACUCCUUUAAUAGUGAUUUGUAUGCAAAUAAAAUUCAGUUGUUCAGCCACAACUUCACCAGUCUGCCAAAGGCCUUGAAAAGAAUGUAAGUACUGGUAGGGUUAACAAGGAUUCAUGAUUAGUGACAGAAGUUGGAAGAACAAAGAUACCAGGACGAUAAAUAAGGCAUAGUCAUGGUUACAUGUGACAUACAGAGGUUGCAACCUGAAGGUAGAAGCUACCUGCUCACUUUUCUUUUGAUAACUUUAUUUCGGACUCAUCUUAGAUGCGGCUGCAAUUUUUCUUGAAUAAAACUGCGAGUUAUAAUCAAGUUCACUUUCAUUGGUUUGUCUUUUGUUUUUCUUUUCAGUAUUAUGAUUGACAAUGAGAUAGACUGGAUUCCCAAUGAAUGGUUCAAUUUGCCAAACCUUGAAUAUCUGUAAGUAUAUCUAUUAGUAAAAUAAUUGCUCUCAUUUCACAAGAUGUACCAAUGUCUAAGAACCAUCUUCCAAUAAAUUUUUAAAGGCUGGGUGAUGUUUGUUUGUCAUCCUGCAAUUUACAAUUCAUUGCAUUUGGUUAUCUACCAGCUAUACUUAGCUAUGAUGAUUCUCAUAGUUGAUAAUGCUUCAUGUUUAAUGGCAUUUUAUGGCAUUUAAUAUGUAUGAAAAUAAAUCUAACCACAUGUCAUAUCAUAUUUGCAAGCAAUUGAUGAUUAAUUUGUAUUUAUAUUGCACUCAUGACAGUGCGUUAAGCAAGAACAAGUUGAAAAAGUUUCCUUCAGCUUCCUUCAUAAACUGCCGCUCACUGCUGUACCUGUGAGUAUUAUUUGUUUGGAAUACUAAAAGUUUAAAUGUCUUCUUCUCAUUGAUUUUUUUAAGUUACCUUAAUGUUCAUGUGUAUUUUUGUUGGCAGGUCAGUUGAUCAGAAUGAAAUUGGCAGUCUUACGGUUCCAAACAUGCAACCCUUCUUUGGAGAUGACUCUGCACUUGUUCAUCUGUAGGUUUCUUAAAGCCAGUCUUUUAUAAGGCUUACCAUGCAAUUUAAGUUCUCUUAAAACAGCAAUAAAUUCUGGAUCUCAGGGCUAAAGGGUUAAAUUUGUGAAUAUUUUAAGUUAAUUAAUAUGUAACUUUUGAAUUAUUUUAAUGCAAGUAAAGCCUUCUGGGAGUGUUCUUCAAAAGUUCUAUACAGCUCUCCACUAUCUUGAGGAUAGUAUUAUUUGUUUGUAAAACUGAUUUUGCAAAAAGAGAUUCAACUUUUAGAUAACAUAAUCCCCAAUUGAAAUAAUUAAUCAGUGUAAGUACAUCUUAGCAAUUUCUCAGUUUACUUAUUUGUUCCCGUCUCUUCUCAAACGCACAUAGUUUGUAUUUAUAAUCCAAAAUUUAAUGAAAAAAUGAAAAAGUUCACAAAAAUUUUCCUACAGCCAUCCCUCAAAAAAAAAUGCACCACAUAGUGUAAAUGAAAUUGAAAAACAAUUGAUUCACCCUCCUGUAGAGAGGAAACAGUUAAAUAAGCUUUUGUCAGGAAAGUUUAGUGAACUGUAUGGGAGGAUGCAAGAUUUAGUCUUUUAGAUGGUGUGAGAGAGAAUUGGCUUUCAUAAUGUUAUUGAAUUACUCUGCCAUCUGUCUUCUUUACCACCUAUAUCCUUCUCUAGUCUCACACCUCCCCCCCAUCUCUAAUGUAACAUGCAACUAUGGAUUACUUUUAUUGAUCAUUGAUCUAAUUAGACAAAGGAAUCAACUACUAUUAAUGCUUGACGGAAUUAAAAUAGAAACCUGAAAAUAUAGUAAGUCACUGUCUGAUGUUUCUAUAAAUUUGUUUUAGGAAUGUGAGCAACAAUCAAAUCUCUUCUGUAACAACUGGGACAUUCUCUAACUUGAUCCACCUUAAAGUUCUGUAAGUAUAUAGUUGUUUGCUUUGAUUGCCCUCUCUUCUAAAGCUCUAAAAUAUAAGUGGUAUGCAGCAUUCUAUGCCAGGGACAGAGACAAUUUUAACAAAUGCUCACCUAUGAUGACGUGAAGAUUGAGGCCUUCCUGCAAAAAGUUUCACUAAAUAGAACAUGAGGAAGAUACACAGGACUUAAACCACAAAAUACCAUAGAUAGAGAGAUACUUUGAAAUUGUCACCAAGUAUCUUUGAAUAGGUGAAAGGGAAGAAAACAACUGAAGUAUUUCAAAAGUCUUUUAAAGGUGUCCAAUCAGUGGAAACCAGAGUAUUGCAUUCAGUCUUAUCUACAUUGGCACCUGUGUAGUAUGCAAAGCAAUGAACUGUAAUCCACAGUUUUAUAUUUUGAAACUGAAGUGAAUUAGAAUACUUGGUAAUCAAAAUUUUUUAAAGAAAUGUUCAAAAGCUUGAGAAUUUGAGCUCUUGGGUAGAUUCACUGAAAACUGUAUGAUUCAUAGUUGUAGUCUUCAGUCUCUCAUGCGUGCACUGCCUUUCCUUGUUUUGGAAAUAAAUGAUAUUAUGUUGCAAUUUCUUUCUUUUAGUGAGUUACAUAUGAAUCACCUGGAAAUCAUUGCCGCUAAGGUCUUCUAUGAAAUACCAGAGUUGCUGCAUCUGUGAGUGUUCAUUCUCUGGGACAGAAAAUUUUGAAAGGAGGCUGAGACUACAAGCUUUCUUUUUCGUCUGGAAGACUCCCUUUUUUUAAAAAAUUAUUUUUAAUAGCCUUCUGAUUUUUCUCAAUACUCCACUCCUUUGGCAAAGAACAAUUAUUUUUGCAACUUCACAGUUGUUUUUAGCAAGCCCAUUUGUUGGUUUUCUUGUGCAUCUAUGACUUUUUUGCAUUUAGCCGUGAAAACCUUUUUUUUUCUCUUGAGCACAAUAAUUCACUAGAGCACACUCUUAUGUGAGGUUUGUAUCAGAACCUAAGGUAAAAAUAUGGGAAAUAAAUCUUUGGGACCUACAUUUUUAAUCACCGUGGAGAUCCUUACUGUGGAUAGACCAGGUUUGGUUCUAUUUCAACCAGUAUGGACAUCUCUGGUAUAUCCCUGAAAUAUUUGUGAGAUCUGUUUGCAAGUUGCAAAUUAGCUCGUGAUAGGAAAACCCUUAAAAGAGAAAUAAUGCUGUCUAUGGUUUCUGUUGCAUGUAAUUCUUUGUAGUGAUCUCAGGGGGAACAGACUGAAAACUAUCACAGCUGAAGGCUACAGCAGUCCAUUUGAGAGUCUUCCAAAACUGAAAGUGUUGUAAGUAAACUUAAACUGAAAUUAAGAUACAAAAGAAACAGUUACAGAAAUGAAGCAGAAACUGAUCACAAGUCGUAAAUAGUUUGACUUAAAUAGAUCUGCUACCUGGAUGACAUAUGUAGGACAGGAAAAAUUGCACUCUGUCAAGGUUUGAUAGAAUCUACUGAGCAAGAUAAUUAAACAAGUGUUCUACUUCUGAAAAGAACUGACACAUUGGUUUCAUGACAUCAUUUUCAGAGAAAAAAGGCUUACUUUGUGGAUGGUAUUGUUUGAACGUGUCUGAAAAUUACACAUUUGCUAAUUUCGUACAUUUAGUCUGUCAGCACUUCGAGAAUAAGUCUAAAUUUUCUUGUUUGCUAAACGCUCUAAGCACCACGAAGGAAACUCUUUCAAUGUUCUCCAAGAUAUCAUUAAAAACAACUUCCAAUUCACAACUGGUUUCUGUAUAUGUGUAUCAUUUUAUUUCAGAAUUCUGAUGCAGCAGGAAAGUUCUUACCAAACUGAGCAUGUUAUGUUCAAUGCCUUCAAGGACCUCCCCGCUCUGGAAGAUUUGUGAGGGAAAAAUAAAAACUUAAAUACCACUUCACACUUGCAAUAAGAUUACAAAUUGUACAUUUAGAUGGUAGAUACUGAAACUGUUCACUGCAUAGCACCUGCUAGACAAACUUUAGAGUGUUUUGCACAAUAAUGAAGAACAAAAUGUGUAUAAAUUUUUUAACCAGAAAAUACAACGACUAUGUACAAAGAAAAAGCUAUUUUUUCAAAGUAGUAUAAAUGAACCUGAUUCGAUAUUUUUCUAUUUGUGUCACCUUUUUAUUUUGAAAUUACACUAAGUGAGCGAAAAAAAAAUGGAAAACCAAUAUACCCUCUUCCUGUGAAAAAAUCACAUCCCACUGAGUGGAACUAAGGAAGUAACAUUUUGACCAAUAUCCUCUCAUUAUUUGAAUAUUUCAGAUGGUUGAACGACAACCUCUUGAGCAACUUUCCCCAUCCAGCUUUGUCGCAGACGUCACAACCAUUACCAUCCCUUAUUUAUUUGUAAGUAUGUUUUUUCAAUUCCCAUCUAUGUUUAUUUUCUGUAUUUACCAGAGCUUAAAUAGGGCUUUUACAUGAAAACGUUUUUCCAUGUAUGGCUUUGUGCAUCUUCAUGUGGCCCAUAGAGACUGUUGUCCUGUGAAUUGCAGUCAAAAAACCUUUGGGUAUAGCUGACCUGAGAUAGCUUGAUUUAUGUGCAGGAUAUAACCGUAAAUUGCACAGUCAUGGCUUAUAGGGAGAACUCCAUUGUGGAGGAGAUUCCUUUAAUAUUGUCGGUUAGGAGUUUUCCUCAUCCUUAUGGAUAUCUACAGCCAUCCUUACUUUAAAAUCAAGUCCAUAUCUGAUCUAGCUUCGUUUUUUUAAAUUUCAUUUCAACACAAUGACCCUAUCUGAACUUGAGCUGUAACUUUGGCCAGAAUUUUGUGUUUAUUCAAACAUGUCCAAGGUUGUCUUUGUCCACUCCUCCAUUCCUGUGUGAAUUUAUGAUCUUGGUGUACUUUGUUUCUAUAACAAUGUCAACUUUCAAGUCCACAUCAUGUUCAUGCCCAUGUCCUUAACAAUCUCCAUUCUUGUUCCAAACAGAUAUUUAUGGCCACAUUCAAAUUACUUUUUAAGUUUUGAGCUGACAUUGGUAUUUUAUUCGUUAUAAGGCAUCUGGAAAAUAACAACAUCAACUCAUUGUCAAGUUUUGCCAGUACAGAUUUUUCACCUUUUCUUCAAGACUUCCAUGCGUACGUAUUGUAGUUAAAAAUAUAACAUGGCUUAUGUACAAAUAGAUGACAUACAUCUCUCCAGUGAUAAAACAGAUUGCGUCAAAAUGUGAUAAGAAAAGAAAAUUAGCACACAAAACAUAGCCUUGUCUGUCACCGAUGUUCUUACCACAUUUUGACGUCUUCUGUGAUCGAUUACAAUACAAAUCCUCGGCAACAUAAAAACGAUUUGUUUUAUCUGAUGAAAAAUUAUAACGCUGCUCAUGGUGACGUCAUUUAUUCAUCUGCCUCCAAUAGCUCAUAAGUUAGUAAGAGCCAAUUAAAAUGCGUUCACAAAGUAGCUUAUCAUAAAUCAUUUCUUCUCCCAUAAGGAUGCAUAGCCUCAUUGCUCUGCGGUUUUACUUGAUGGCCGAACAAAUUAAACAAAUAAAUAGGCCCAGAAUAUUUUGGGUAUAAUUAAGUGUUCCUUUUUUCAUGAAAUAAUAUUGUUAGUAGCGGGUGUUUAUUCUUAUGUUAAAACUUACAAUUUGUUAAAAAAUAUCCCUCGGUGUGUUCUAUAUUCAUGAUCAUUUGCUGAAAUUGUUAAAUGGCAAGGGCUAACAAGCUUUUACCCCACUCUUGAUAAAGACAUAUCACCUCAUAUGUUGACACUUUUCUUGUAGGAGUCAGAAGAGUGUCCACAAGGCAUUUGAAAGACUUUCGACUCUGCAGAGAUUGUAAGAUUCCCAAGUGUAUAUUUUGAUGAAGCUUUAUUGAUAAUAAUAUGAUAUAAUCUAGGUAGAAUUCAAUUUUUACACAACGCUUCAUAUAUGCUUGAAGCCCUGUAAAACAUGCAUUUUGUUCUCUCCCCAGAGCUGGGAAGUUUGAUAGCUUAAACAUACACAUUUUCCGACAGUAAAGAUUAUUAUGUUCUUUUGUUCACAACCUGUUGGCCGAGCCAUUUUAACUUUUAACAAAAAUUUUGAUGAAUAAAUAGAGGCGAUUGCUUGUGAAUUGAAAAUCCACUUCUAUUUUGAAGGCCUUUAACACUAUUUUUCAGAGGGCGUGAUGAGGUUCUCGAAUGAGGCAGUUUGGGUGUGUUACUGUACAUUUUGCAUCUGAAAUCUUAAUUUGAAAUUCAAUUAAACUUUUAACUCUUUUUGAAAUUUUAGAUAUGUUCACGAGAAUGAAAUAUCCAGCAUUGGAGAGGAAGAUCUUUGGUACCUCAGUAAUGUUCAGCAGCUGUAAGUAGAUGGGAAUUGUUGUUGGGAAUUGUAUAAAUUUGCCGUACAGUUUGAUAUUCUGUAGAAAAACCUUUAGUUUCUUUGUACAGAGACGAAAUCUACUUUGGUGAAUUUUUUAUGUCUGUUUACAGCUACCUGUCAAGAAAUCGGCUUUCUAAUUCUACAGUAUAUGCUGAAGCAUUCAGGAAUCUAACCAGUUUAACAAGACUGUAAGAAACCAUUCUGUUGUUGUAAAUCAUGGUUUUUUGUGGGUGUUUUGCAACUUUUACUCCUGAUUCAGGAAGGUGAUAGUAGUUACAACCAAAGAAAUUAUUUGUAUGAAACUGAAAAUGGGACAAAUUUGCAGUCAAGGUUGCCUUUGAAAUCAAUUUCAGCAUUUAGGAUGAAUAACUUACGACGUGAUGAAGCAAAGACGUGUUCAUUCCUAACUUCCAAGAAAUUCUCUUUAGAUUCUGAUAUGAAUGUUCCCAGAUUAGGAACUUUUCUGGAAUAAAAAAAAUGUUAACUGAUGAUUAAAACAUUUGAGUUUUGAAGUCGAAAGCUGUUUUGAGGACGUAAAAAUAUGGCAAAAUGGAAUUCAUUUCUUUGAUUGGUUAAAAGAUUAUAAUCAUUGUGGUGGAAAACGGAAAUGGCCAUCUCAAAGCUCAUAUUUCCUCUGUCAUCAUUCCAGGGAUUUAGACAGCAACAAUUUCCAUUAUGUUCCAACUGCUGUUCAAGGGAAGAGUCAUCUUCCAGUCAUCAAUGAAUUGUACGUAGCCUGAUUGAUUGAAUGAGUAAUUUUCAAUUUAGUUUCGAAAGCAUCUCGCAAGUGCAUUGGUUUUGUCUUUCCACAUAUAUAUGUUGGUCUAGAAAAGCCGUGUGAUUCUGCAAGCCAAAUAGAUCUGUAACUAGAAGCAAUCAAUCACUUUUUUAUUAAAUGUGCAUAGUAGCUCUCAAGGGCCCUUUGCGAAGUUACCUCAAACGCUCUAAUUGGCUGCUGUGAUGACUUUUGCUUUGGAAACACCCCACCGCAAAAUGCUGGAAGGCAUUUGUGACUUUAACCUGUAUCAAUCAAGAUUUAUUUUUCAUUAUUUUUUCCUUUAAGUUUCAAUCAUAACGGGCCCUUGGUAAAAAGAGUCAGUGUUUAAAAGAAACAGCGCGCACAAAAGCGAAAAUAAUAGCUGGUAAAAACAUAAUAAGAAAGGAAUAAAAAAAAGCAAAUACAAAUGAAAAAAGACAUCAACAAUUUAAAAAAAAAAUGUAUUCUCUUCUGCAGUUGUCCACCUGCGAAGAUCAUUUCUUUGUUUAUGUCAUACAGUGCGUCAUUCUUUUCUCCCACAUGACAAGUGUGACAUACAGUCACACUAUUAUGUUUCAAGAAACCCAUUCAUGGUAUUCUUGCAUAUUGGUUUUUAAAACUUACAUAGCUCAAGCUUUUUAGUCCAGGUGAUAAACUACUUAUUCAUCUAUUUUUACUCUGUUAGAAGUUUGUACUCCAACUCUCUGACGUACAUCCUGAGAGGAACUUUCACAGAUCUUGAUACAUUUGCGUUCCCUGUAAGUCUAACGUAUUUAUUAAUCCCUGAUACACUCCUUAAAUAUAUUGUUAAAGGAAUAGGGACCAUUCCUUUUGUUGCAGUAACUUUAUAUACUCACAAGAGAUUUAUCUCAUUUAUUUCCCGUGCUACAUGUACAUGAAUAAUAAUAAUAAUAAUAAUAAUAAUAAUAGUAAUAUUAACAGUUGAGAUAUAAUAACAGUGUAACAGGACAAAAUCAUGUUCAUCCUCAGUAGUUAUGGUCCUUAAGCUCAAACUGGGUGAGCGGCAGGUAACAUUUAAUCAAUCGAAUGAAAUCUCAUAAAAAACAAGUCAAAUUUGAUAAAAAUCGCUCCCCAAUUUUCCUCAUGUGACCGAAAGUAAUCCACCUUUGUUUCUUCAGAUGUGCUGUAUGCCUUAUUUGAGUUAACUGGAAAGACUGUCAAUGAAUCUUUUAAGUUGUUCGACUCGCCUGUGUAAAACGCUUCACUGAUUUACUCAGGUAGUUAUUUCACAAAUGAACCACAAGAAGCACCCCCAAAAUGCGUUGAUCUUUAUCAGACCUGAUCAGAAUGUGAUUUUUAAUCUGAACCAAAGAUAAGAAAACCAAAUCAACCAAGUCGGCAGCAACGAAAAAGAAUCGAACCUUCCUUCCUCCUGAAAGAACAGAAUAAGUUAGAAGAAAAAAAAUCAAAUGAAAAUCACUUAUCAGAGCCAAACGAAACGUGUACCCCAGUAAAGUGUAAACGGUUUACGUUAUUUGGUCUCUCCGGCAGUUAUCUUUCUAGCAAUGAUAUUGUUGCUGUGGAGAAUGGUGCCUUUCCUUCUGGUAUAACAACGAUGUAAGUAUGUAUUGUACGUGAGUAUGAACCGAUUUUUUAAUUAAUGAAAUUUGACUUGGUGACGUCUGUACGUUUUGCGAAUCUAAAUGGUAGCCAUUUCAGAAACGUGUCUCAUUUUGCACAAAGAAGCCGUUAAAGGAUCGUAAAGUCGAUAAGCCAGCCACAUUUUUUUUUUAUUUUCGAUACUCUUAUUGACAAUGGCUGAUGCUUUUGAGCAACCAGGGCGUAAAGAAAGUACAUACUUAUUGACAAUUGAUCUCAAACAAUAAGGGCUCGAUGGUUGCUUAACGUUUCACUUACUAGAUAGUGGCGCAUGUGCUUUUUACCCUUGGGUAGUGCACAUCAUGUGCCUGGAACUAUCACGUUUCUCAUAACCUCGUCACGAAAGCUUCAGCAGGCAGAUACAAUUCCUGGAAAAAAUUUGAUGAAGAUGUUAUUCUUUCAGUGUACUUUCUUUGCUUAUUAUCGCCACUGUUCAUAUUUCAUGGCGCCCUCAUUGUUUGGCUCUCAUAUUUUUAUUCCCACAGUAACAUGAGGUACAACAAAUUCAACUUCAAACACGAGAACCAGUUUUCCAAUCUAUCACUUACUUCUCUGUAAGUAAACACAGUUUCAAGUCCUAUACAAUGUAGUUAGAUUCGUUUGUUCUUUCUUGUGUUCGUUCCAUAAAUACUUCUUCACUUAAUUAUUGUUAAUCAAUAGUCAUUAUCAAGAGCUCCCACGUAAUUAUUUAACUAUUGUUUAUUUUUAUUAAUUCUGAUAAUUGUUUUUGUAUUCAAAAGGACUCUGUCGAAUAACCUCAUCACCUUCAUACCAAAUACUGCUUUCCAUGGACUGACAGCGUUAAGAACUUUGUAAGCUUGACAUCAAAUUGAUUGCGCUUGGAUUCUCUUUCGUGCACAAGUUUUUCUUUUCACUGAUUCACAGUGCAACUUCAAGACAGCUAAUCUUCUGUAUAUGUUCUGUAGGGACUUGCAAAACAACCAGAUUGGCAGGAUUCUGGAAGUCAUGUUAAAGGAUUUAACUGCAUUGACUAGCCUGUAAGUAAAUUGAAUUAAAACGGAGUGUAUGAUUGUCUUGAUAGCGGUUCCGAUUGUUGUUAUCUACUCGAGUGGUAAUUACUACUAUUAUUGCCAUUGCUAUUUCGAUCCGCAAACUGUGGGUCGUUAGCAACAGUAAUGUCGUACUUAUCAAACCUUCAAUUGAUAUUCUAUGGUUGAUGGAACUUUUGCCCUCUUAUAAGUCCGGCCUUACCAGUUCGCCCGCGUUACGAAGAGUUCGAUCAUGGACUAUAACAAGUACACAAUCGCGUACUCUUUUUUCAAGAGUUUAUCGUUUCUAAAGCAAUCACGACAAAUCACAUGGACGAAGAGCAAACGCCUGAAACGUCAACUAUAGAAAUUCUUGUUCGUGGGCAAAUUACAUUAUCAACUCAUUGAAAAAGAAAAAUUUAUUAACAGUUUGUAGUUAUUUGAUUAUCUUUGCAGAUUGACCCCUCGCUCCAUUUCUUAGAGACAGUUGUUAGGGUCUUUGGUUCUUUUGAAUAAAUUGUUGCUUUUUGUACUUUCAGAGAUCUGUCACACAAUGAUAUUGCCUUUAUUGAGGACGGAACUCUAACCGUGAUGCCGUCAUUCAACUUUUUGUAAGCAGCGCACUCUUUUUUUUUUCUGCUCUAAUAUUAAUCGGUGAUUGGCUGAUUUACUCGAUAUACACUAUGUUAUCCAAGAUUUAGUAACGACACAUGGUUAUUGCCAAUCGUGAUAUUUUCGUACCGCAUCUGACACAAAAUGUUACCGAAAUGAACCAAAAAUGUGCAUCAUCUCAAGUUGAAUACCUAGUUACUUCGAAAGUCAAAUAAUUGAAUUAAAACAAAGAAACAACUGACCUCAGCAAAAGAGCACGCUAGAGACAGAGGAAUCACUUACAAACAGUCCAACAACAGUCAUUGGAUUACUUUCAGUACAUUGUUUAUCCGUGAAAGCCCUAUAUAAAGUGCUUAACUUGCUCUUUGGUUUUCAGAGACCUUCAAAGUAAUCAGUUAACCACACUUCCUGUUGGUGGAGAUUUUCACGGUAAAGAGAUGAACAGAAUGUAAGUCACAGAAAGUGUACUGCUUGUGAGGAGUAUCUAGUAUUAUUUUCCCGACUUAUUUCGAACAUCUGUUUAAUGUUCUUCAAUGGAACUCUCAAGAUCAUUUUUCUCUUGUCUGGGGUAUACCCAUUCUCUGUUUUUCUUGUGUUCUCUACAUUUUUUGCCUUGAAAAGAUUACAACAAGAGAAGGCAACGAUUAUUAAAUGUGUGACUGAUCGUCAGGAUGAGAGAAGUCCUGAAAAGGUAUAUUAUUGGUGACAGCGUUCGAUUUUUUUUGUUUCCUGUGCGGAGUCAAUCAUUGGAGACAGGUGACUCUGGACAGCUGUCAAUGCCACCGUCAUCAAUUCAUUUCGAGACUUCUUCCACCUGAACGGCGAAAAUUCUCAAUCAGUUGUUAAUUCUGAGCUCAAAUCAUCAACUGCAUGGCAACAAAAACUUAAUCUAUCUCUUUUUAGAGACAUCAGAAACAAUAGAAUCACUUCUAUUAGAAAUGGUACCUUUGUUGGGACCACAUGUUCUGGAGGGUGUAGUGAGACCUCACGGAAUACGGUUUGGUAAGUAAUGUUCGAGAACAAUUCAGUGAGGAUGAUGGGGAGAAAUAUGGAGGGAGUUUCAUUUAUGAAUUUUCCCUUCAAAUUCAUCUGAGGACUUCCUGGGUUGCACUACUUAUCAAGUAGGUCUCCAACCUCGAGCCUUACAGUGAAUCACCAUUCAGGGCCUUUAUGUGACCAAGAAGAAUGUGCCGCAUUUGUAAUAACGUCUGAAAAUGGUGAAUCAUUCUUUGCUUGUUAGAUAUGGGACAUAAACCAUUAGCUCAUUGUACGGUAUUUAAACAACUGUAGUCAUUUGGGAAUGUUAAAAGAACUCACACAGUUCGGUUGUGUUUUGUGGGAAAUUCCAGAUUGACAUAUCGUCGCCGAAUUUCAACCUGCUUUCAAAAAUUGUGCUAAAAAACCAAACGCAUAGCAAAUGGUUGGUCACCUUUUUGUUCUCUCGUAUGGUGCUUCAUUAUUUUUUGGACAGAUAUUUUUGUUUUUCGCCAUGGCCAUAUAAUGCACCAAGUUUAGUUUUAUGUUGCCUUUUUCUUAUAGGAAUUUUGAAGGUAACAGAAUUUCUUCCAUCGAAUCUGGAGCUUUCCAAAAUGUGCAAGGACCUGGUUGCACGUUGUACGUACUAAUGUCUUAUCUUAAAUUGAUUAUCAAAGUAGAAGCGUUGUGAUCAUUUCAAACAGUUUCACUCUGCUAUUUAGGCGAUAUUGUUCACAAUUGACACAACCUCUCUUUUGAAGAGAGUUUUGAUAGUACGUCAAGUUUGACCCAACUGAAAACUCUUCGGUUCCAAUUUUACAGAGUACAUCAGAUAAAUUGAUUGAUUGAAGGAGUGACGAGAAAGUUAUCAAUACGGAAUGUUCUGCCAGUGUCAUUCCUUUUGAAGUUAACCUCAAAGUAUGUGAAAAAGCAGUGCUGAAAAACCUUUUUUCUUCCUUUCAGGCGUUUCACAGGGAAUGUGUUGAAAAUAAUUGGUUCCCGUGCUUUUGAUAAUGUGGCGAUGUGCUACAUGUAAGUCCAUCUACUAAGAUAUUCUGACAUGUUUACUUACAAAUUUAGUUCGACCAUAGAUGCAUACGUGAUAAUGCUUUUUCAAUCGAGCCUAAAGGGCACGUAGUGUGUAUAUGGGGGGUCUAAAUCAAGGGAUACUAAAGUAACUCGUUGGUUCUUUAAUGAAAAAAUUGUUAAAAUCUCUUUGGGAUUAAACAUGCUUUCGACGUGUUCUUUAACACCGGAUACUACUUUUUCUGCUAUUUGAUAUUUCCUUUUAAGAAAAGAUUCCCAUCUAUAGCUUUUACUGUCGUUUUGAGAUGCAAUGGGGGUAAAAUUGAAAAAAAGCAAAAAGCCCUUUAUGUCUGUUAUCAAACUGACCUGCAAUAGGUAUCGGACCGACAAUGGAUGUGCUAACUUCAAGAUGAUGCAUUUUCCGCGUACGUGCACCGCAAGGGCCCCUUUUUUAUACUGAGCCGCUAUUAGGACUUCCGUUCAGGCUUUCGAAAGGCCAGUCACUCUCACAGUCGUAUUUGGGGCUAUUUUCAUCGGGAGGAUCGCACCAUGGGAUCAGCUGCUACUCUGAAUUCAAAAUGUUCACUUCAUAUUUAUCUGACUAAAAUAUCCUAAAGACUACAUAAGAAGUUAAUUUCGCGUUUAUUUAUAUUCAUUAUUUAAAUGUAUUAAUACAUUUAGCGAGCUGUAUGGCGCCGAGUUCACGACAAUAUCCAGCGAGGCGUUUUAUAAAGUGACAAUAACAUGGGAUUUGUAAGUAGAAUGUUGUUCUCACAUUGUCUAGACAGAGUAGGGCAGGCGUCAUAUUUCAUGGUACAAGCGACAGAUAUCGCUUAAGAUGCACAAAACAUUUUACAAACCAACGGUGAAUAUUUGCUCCUGUUACCAAGUGUUGUACUCUUUUUAUGGGUGGGAACAGGGCACGGUUUGCUUGAGUCCUUUUUACAAUUAGAGAUGUUGUCUCCUGAUAGACCUAAUCUUGUGUUUCUCCUCUCCAGAGAGAUGUAUGACAGUAAGAUCACUGCUUUUAAGGAAAACCCCUUUGAAUCUCUCACAGUGACCAAUGGAGCACUGUAAGUGCAUACAAACUACUCUCACUAGUAUGAUUUUGCCAUUGCUAUUUCGAAGCCUAUUCCGGCCGGUACAAGAACAUAAAUAUUCAGACCACUAACCACUGUUACUACUAGCUACACCUGUUUUCCAUGAAACAGACGAUCAGCGAAUAUUUAAAAUUGGGAAAUUGAACUCCAUAUCCUUACUUUCCAUUAUCAUCAUCAUUAUCACUAAUCUUAUAUGCAGCUGGGCUAGUCGGCUUUGAAGCGUGUCAUUUUGAAUGCAACGUAGCUUCUCCCCCCCAAAAAAAAACAAUGAUAAUAAUAGUCAUAAUAAUAAAAACAUUGGUAAUGAUAAUAAUAAUAAUAAUAAUAAUAAUAAUAAUAAUAAUGGUAACGAUAGUAAUAAUAAUACUAAUUAGAGACUCCAGGGUUUUGCCUUUGGGGAGAAGGAGAUUAUCUUCUAAUGAAUUGGAUGGAUAUUUGGAUGCGUGACACUGGUUCGUAUUGCUAGGUUGUGAGAAUUUCCAGCUUUUGAGCUUAAAAAAUCAUACUUUAAAGAAUUAUAGAGUUAUAAAGAAUGGGUGGUCACACUAGGGCCUUUAAACUCCACACAUUUUUUUACCUGUUUUGCUUUGUUUUGUUUUGUUUCGUUUUUUUCCACUUCCUAUCCCAGAGAACUUCAGGACAAUCUGAUCGAAGCUGUAACAGGAAAGUUGUUUGGCGAUUCCGGAUCAUCUGUAGACACGCUGUAAAUAUAAUUUUGUCAAACUUUUAAUCGCUGAAUAUGAUAUGGUGUUAAGCAAAUGAGAGAUGUAAUGUAUUUGUUUAUCUCUAAUUUUAUACCCCUCUUUGUGUAUAUUAUUUAGCAAAGAAGCAAAAGAAAAAAAAUGUAUUGCAACAAACAAAAAAGAAACAAGAAACUGUCACGAGUCAGGCUUAUUUUUAAGUGUAGGCCUUAAUGAAAGGGAAAAUUUACCCCAGAUGUUUAGCUUUUUUGGCAUUCCUUUGCAAUUGCUGUGUUUGUUGUAAUAUGUCUAAAGAAACGUCCUUUUUCUAACCAUUUGAACUGAGAAUGGGACGCUAGAGAAAAAUUUGCAUAAUGUACUAUGAACGAAAUUAAAAUUUUAUCGAGCACACUUGAAUAUGAGAUUGUUAGUUGAAAAGGUUUAGUGGCGUGUUACUGCCAUCACUAGCACAAUAUAGUAUGUGUGUUUUAAUGUUGGUAUUGUUGUGUAUGUCUGCCCAAGGGAUCUUUCCAAUAACCAGAUACAAUCUUUGCACGAAGAUGCUUUGAAAGGAGUAUCAAUCGACGCAAUGUAAGUCCAAUUUUUUUUCGUGAGCAUGCAAAUGAAUCGAGAAUUAAAUUCAGGUUCAAAACGUUUUCAAAGAUUUUAUAUUUAUAAAAGAGGAGUCUAUUCGUUACUCCAGAUACAUUUUUUUUCGUGAGCAUGCGAAUUCAAUUGAGAAAAAAGUUCAGGACAAAACCUUUUUUACAGAUUUUACAUUUGUUAAGAAGGAAUUUACUUGCUACUCCAGAGAAAUAUAAUUGAAACCUAUUUAUAACUUUGAUAGUGUUGUAGUGAAAACGAUUUGGAAAACACCCGUUGACGUAUGGAGUGUCUGUCUGCGCUGUUCAAUAUUUUUUUCUUAUUUUUCAGCAAAUUGAUGAACAACAAACUGGUUACAUUUCCUUCGCGAACUUUGAGGAAUCAGAAUCCAUCUGAACUGUGAGUCUAAAUUUAAAGUUAAUUUUAUCCUUAAAUUAUUUGAUAUUGGAGAAUGUUUGCUUAUAAUGAUAAAUUAUUUGAUGGUAACUUCAAAAUAACUGGGGGAGACUUUGCACUCAAUAAUUAUAUAUUUUGGAAAAUCGUUGGAGGAGUUUUUUCAACGUGAAAUGUCCAUGCAGCCUUUUUUUAAUCAAUUUUAAUCGGAGAGUGGUUUUGGCACUGAUUCCUUGGUAACCGUGGUAACAUGUUCGUGCUCAUUUUGUUGCCAGUGAUAUGACUAACAAUAAUAUUCUGACCAUAUUACCUGGAGAGCUGGAUAAAUUCACUAAUCUUCGGAAGCUGUAAGUAUUUCUUCGUAAUUACGAUUAUUUUUAUUGACAUAAGCUUAUGAACCUAGGGCAUAAGCUUCUGCUAUUAGAUAUUACAUUUUACACUGAGAAUAAGUGGAUUUUUAGUAAUUGAAGUGAUCGAUUUAGCCUUAUUUUUAUGACUCGUUACUCAUCAUUUAAAUUGUCACGGCAACAGUUGUUCAUCCAAACAUUGAGCUUCCAAUUAUUGGUUGAUUUUUAUACCUCAUCCAUCUUGAAAUGAGGGUAAUGUAUAAUCAUGGUGCCGUGCUUACGAUUCUUGCCAUCAGAAAAUAGACAACAUGUUAGGUUUGUUUUUUUUUUUCUCCUUAAAAAAUAUCGUCCAAAAAUCUAGUCAAUUAUUUCAUAGUUUUAAACCUAUUGAUCACUUUACCUGUAACGCAAGUUUUGUAAGUAAUGUCAGUAUUGUAUGUAAUUGUAAGUAGUGUAAUUAGUGUAAGUAAUUGUAAGUAGAGUAAGCUUUGUUAGUAGAGUAAAUACUGUAAAUUAUGUGUUUUCUUUUCCAAGUAAUGUUAGUACUGUAUGUAAUCGUAAGUAAUAUAAGUAGUCCUGUUGUACGUAGAGUAAGUAUUGUAAGUUUCUGUAAGCUGUAUUGUGAGUAUUGUAACUAAUAUUAAUACUGUUCAAUAAAUAAAUAUUAAGAAUAAUAUUUGUUAUUUUUGCAGCUGUCUUUUCAGUUUAGUCUCAACAGAGUCUCGUGAAUUCUUUUUUUUUUUUAGUAUAAAGCAAGAUAAAUCUGAGACUUUUUUAACCGACGUGUAAAGUCACUGACGAUUCAUUUUUUCCGUAGCAUACUUGAACACAACAACAUAACAGAGUUGGGCGCCAAUUUGUUUCAAUAUCAGACGAAUUUAGAAGAACUGUAAGUAUUGAAGAUGCCAUGGCAAGGUUGGAAUCCUGCGUUUUUGGCUCUCUUCAACGAGUAAUGGGAAAAAAGUCAUUAAAACGCAAAGCGAUCUCAGGUCAUAAGAAAUAGUUACACUCCGCAACUAUUUCAUAAGUUCGGUGUAGACUCACGCUCCUAGCCAUAAUUUACCUGAGACACUUUUUCACAGCAACUUUUGUGAUGUUCAUUCGCCCCUCUUUCCCUGCAUUGUUGUUAAUCGUUUACGUCAUCUUGCAAACCAACACUGAGAGGGUUUCGGGGAGGGGGGUGCUUUAUGUGUCGUAACAAAUGUGUGUCUGGGAACUGAAUAAUUUCAAUUAAGUAGAAGGCAUAACGAUUUGUCUUUUACAGCGCGGAUGGAGAACUCAAUAUUUUUUUCAAAUCGAUGUUAAACCUUGUACCCUCCUGCAUAACGUUUUAAGAAAAUUGACUCCCAUGAAUCUUGUUGUCGUACAGAAACCUGAUGAACAAUGCCAUUGGUGUGAUUCAAAGUGGUGCUUUUAAUAACUUGGGACGCAUCGAAAAGAUGUAAGUACUUAUCAAGAGCAAAUUCGGGAAUAAUUAAGUGACUUUAAUGCUCAUUCAUGCGAUGUCUUGCUUGCUUUUGGUUACGUUUUAUAGUGACGCAUCAGUAAUGACCGAGAUAAAAUUGUUGAUCUUCAUUUUUUUUUAAAUACUAGAAGUGAUUAACUUAUACUGUCACUCAAUUUCGUUACAUAAUCUGAAAGAAGACAAAUUUAUCGAUUAAAGAGUUGUUUUUUGGUUGAAGGACAUUUUAUGACUGUUAGAACGGAGAUUUCCUUAGUUUAACCAGAUAGUGAGAGCGUUAACCAAGCCAAUAAACAAGGGAAGCUACACCCACACUAGAUGACAAUCGCUAAUUUACUCUAAAAUGUGCAUAGUAGUGGAUAAUCCGAGCAUCCGUAUCUUUUUUUUGACCCUGCAAGUCAUUUUGUCAUGAGGGCAAUUUCCAGAAGUCAGGAGUUUCGUCUUUGCCUUUAAGUGGAUUACCAAUUUCAGGAUGGUAAUGACUGUCGAAUAGUUUAUUUUUGAUUUGACCUCACACAAGAAAUCAAAAGUCUCCAUAUGUUAUAUGCACUGUGCUUUUCCCUUUUUUUUUAUAGAUAUUUGCAGGAAAAUAAAGUUGUCUUUUUGCCCACUUUUCCAACACUGAACACUCUUGGUACUCUGUAAGUAUCAUACAGUUGAGCUAUAUCUCCUGAGCAGUAGUGGUGGUGUUGCAGUUUAUGUGAAGGAAAACCAAAUCUGUUACUAGGAUCUGGAAAUUCCCACUAACAUUUCUCUGGUGAAUUUUUUUCUCCACCAAACAGUGGUAGAAGUUAUAUGUUAGUUUUUGUUAUUCAUAGUAAAAGUUUUUGCUUCGACUAAUUUUUCGUCAAUUUUCUUAUUUUUAGCAACCUAAAGAAUAACUUGAUAGAGAAUGUUGGUCAAGAUUGUUUUGGAGGACUCCCAAAUCUAGGCACUUUGUAAGUAGCCAUUUAAGAUACAACUGAGUACCGUUACAAUGAUGUACUGACAAGCAUAUGCAGCUUUAUCUCGAGAUAAUUGCUGAAAAUUGCAAGGUAAUGGAAAUAUAAAAAGGCCUAUGUAAACGAAAAAAGGGAGAGUCCCGGAAAGCGAUUGAAAACAUUUUCUUAGAAAUCCAAUUUCUUCGUUUUUUUAAAUGCCCAAAUUUUGCGUGGAUUUCUAUUUGUGAACAUGGCUCACCACUUCCACUGAAAUGUAUGAAUGUACGUAUUGUUUGCGUACACUUUCUUUCGUUUUGCAGAAAUCUAAAUGGCAACAAUUUCGCUUGCGACUGCAAUGUCUAUAACUCCAUUGUCGCUGUCAUAACAGCUCUAACUGCGAGUGGGGCUGCGACUUGUGCUACUCCAUCUCGUGUCGCUGGGGUAGAAUUUUAUCCUGGAGGAUCUUAUGAAAAACAACCUGUUCAGGAUUUCACAUGCUGUACGUAUUUUAUUAAAUUCCUUGAUUCCCUUUACCCAAGAAUUCUGUCCAUUGGCUAUACGCUUGAACAGUUGUAAUUAUGUUUCUAAAUACACAAUCGGAAGCGUGGCUCCUUUAACGAUUAUCUCUUCGUUCUCUAGCACCAGUGAAUAUUUCUGCAACAGCCCCGGGAGAUUUCCAGCUGAGAGUGGACUGGUCACGACCCUCCUCCCUUUAUCCGCCAGUCAUAGUGGAUGCAAACACUACUUAUGUGGAUACGUGGAAUAUUACGACUGUAAGUGUCCUCUUUUUUACUUAGAUUGUAGAUACAACUAGCUGAAGUUGUAUUUGUAGAUAGAAUGGAUGAGGAGCUUUACAACUACACACAAUUCAAGAUGUAUUCUUUUCGUACAGUAAAGGGGGACUUCGUCCUGAUCACAAAGCACCGAAAAGGCUUUCCUCUUGAAAUGGAAAUUCUAUCAGUUUUGAUAUUGAAUGAGCUUAGCUUGCUGAUGACCGUUAGUCAAAGAAAAGAAAUCAAGACCCACAAUUGGCUACAAUGCAGCAUCAAUAUUUCGGGAAAAUUCCGCCAAGGAUCAGCACACAAUUCCUUUCUGGCUUCGCAGUCCUUUCUUCCUUUCCCGCUUUAUCAUGUUAAUAUUGAACUCGGAGAAUGUCAUAUCUGUUAACAUGGGAAAUUUUGGCCACUGUUAUUCACCCUUAUCACGGUCAUGAACAAGGCGGUGGCUUAGUAUAUAACACUCUGUCCUUCAAAUCGAGAGGUCUGGGUGUGAGUCCUGGCCGGGUCAUUGUAAUGUUUUCUAUACUAUACAUUUUACCCUUUUGGUGCCUCUCUGUGUCGAGGAGAGAGGCAUAAGCACAGGCGAACUGUCGCGAAAAUAUUACCAAAUGGUGGAAAUUGUUUGGCUCAAUAGGUGCCCUUGGACCUUUGAGAAGUAUUUUUGAUGUUUCGUAGUCGUACUAUUAUUUAAGAUCAAAGCGCUCUUGAUAUCAUUGGAUUUCGUUACACUUCUCAUAGGUCAUAGAUGUGGACUACAACUCAACGUGCGACAGUGCAGACGCUCCUUCGUUCUCUAAGUCAACGCAAAGCGAGUUUAUCUUGUUUGUCCAAGCCGAUGGUGUCCAAGCAGGGAUUGACUAUGUAUGCUACGUAACCAUGACAGUGACAGCCUAUAAUGGGACAAACUUAGACAACAAUACCCAAGGCGAAAUUGAAACUCAGACCUCCCCAAAAAGUGAGGAAGCAACUGUCACUACGUUGGAAGGAAAAGGUAGGUAUAUGCUUGAAACGGUUACACAAUGAAUAAGAUUCCCUCCAUCUGGUAUCGGUAUUGACGUUAUACUAAUUGCACGCGUUCAUGGAACGUGUCUCUCUCCUGAGAUAUCCGAAAAGGGGAGUAUAGGAAGAAAAAAUUGCCUCAUGCUUUUAUUGCAUCCUCAAUGCCUGAGGCAGUCCAAAUAAUUAUUAUCUUGAUAUGCUGAUGGGCUUGUGCGGCCAAUUUGUUGGUUCAGUUCAGUGGAAAGUUCCUCAAUGGAAAAUGACGGCAACAACAGCGAAAAAGCUCUCAAAACGUUGUGAAUAAGCCAUUUCCCGGAGGUUCAAAGCCUACUCUAAAACAAAGCUAAAUGAGUAGCCUUCGUGUUGGAAAUCAAUCCUUACUGGCCUCAAUUUCAAAAUGAGGCUGUUAUGAACUCGAAAAUGGCCUUUUAGGUUUGACUAAAGUGAGUGUUCAACUCACCAAUAUAUAUAUUUUUUUAAUCAGCUCCUGUGACCAAUGCAUCACUAAACAGUUCCAAUUACUACUUGGACAUUACCUACUACGAUUUUCAGUAAGUUGAUUUAAUUCAUGAAAGUGCUUAGCGGGGUGGAUCGCGACUGAAAUUGAUGUUCUUUGUAGUCUUUUGUCUAUUUGAAAUGCAGCUGAGAAGAAACGGAUCUGCACUGCCUUGUAGGAAUAUGCAAUUUACUUUUUGGUACUCAUGAGUUGAGGUACCUUAGACGCUAUAACCACGUUUUGACUUCAUUUUACUGUAGUCGUGUUUGCUAUUUUGGUUAAUCUGAGUACUGUUAAUUUUUUUUUUUCAGUGAGAAAAAUGGUCUUUUCUUGCAAACUAUCAGCCACAUGACAAACUAGAACAAUUUCCAUACUGUUAAUUAGCUUAUCUUCGGCUAACUUUUCCUUUAGAAACAUCUUACCACGUUUUCUCGAACUAGAACCUUAAAACCCUCCAAGGGUUUUCUAUUUGUUGCAUUUCCACAUGAGUUAACAUAUCUGUAAUUGCGUUCAGGUUUUCCGAUGUUGAUUUCACUGGUCUUGGUGCAUUCAGAGAUGACCUUUAUCGAAAUCCUCAAUAUGUUCACAGCCCCUUUGGAAGCUGGUUGGCCACAUCAAACAGCCCUACUUCUGAUAGUUUCUCUCACUGGUUUAGAAGUUUUUCCAGCCGGAACAUUCACUAUGAAGAAAAAUUAGAGCUAGGAAAACAGCUGGAGACGGAUACGAAUGGGAAUACUGUAUUCCGACAUUAUAACGACAAGUUCUUCCCGGUCGAUGGCCGUGGAUGGGGUGCAGAAGGACAAAGGGACUGCUUCACUAAUGCACUUAGGAAUUAUGGGUACGGAUGAUUUUUGGUUCAAUUAUCUUUUUUUCGUCUGUUUGUUUGUUUCUUGGCUUAAAGAUUUUCUUUCAGGUUGAGAUGCGAAGAAAUAUGCCCAUUCUCUUAACCAGCCAUGUUCCUUUUCAGUUUGCAGCUCACCUCGCUGACUUUUUUAUUCCAAGUAAACCUGUAGGCCUAAGAGCUCAAAGAGACCUAAAAACUUAGGCGGAUAGGAUGGAAGGAGACUCAAACGGAGUCGAAGAUAUAAGAAACCUUAUAGGAUGUAUAGAGUUGCCCAAAGAUCGGAAAGAACGGAAUGAACAUAAUAAAUGUGUUACAAAGAAAUAGUAACAAGUACUGUAUCAUUUAAUUUGAAUUUUUCAGUUUUACUGCUGCAAUACGCACAGCAUUCAACUUUUCUGGUGAAGAGGUGUUGGCCUUCUCUGGCGGCGAAGAACUGUGGGUAUUCGUUGACAAGACACUGGUGGUGCAGAUAUUUGCUGAUCCAUCGGAAACUGAUGUUCCGUGCCGUUCUAUCAGUUUAGCUAAUGCUGGUACGACACAAAGUUUGUGAUGAUUGUAUUUGCUUUCUGGAAGCAAAUUAGAAGCAUUAGUGUUUUUCCUAUUGCAUGAAAAUGAUCCAUAGAUCUGCAAAAUCUUUGGAAAACGCAACUAGAGAUGCAUUUACUUAUGAUGCGCUCGAAAUCCAGCCGCAUUAUUUUAGAAUUGCGGUACAGGCGAGUUUUAACCAUGUCUUACUUGUUAACUCACAGUGAUAUCUCAUAUAGUCAUAUGUGGUAUGAGUUUCUGUCGCUGAUCUUGCAGCUAGUACUGGGUCUGUCAUUCCUCAAGGUGGUACAGUAAUCGGUGGAAAAUGCCAAGUCACGGGGGCUUUACAAGCCGAGAACGUUAGCUUAUCUCUUAAGGUAAUACCAUGAUUUAGAAAUGUUGUACUUCCCUUUCUUGUUCUCUUCACGCUUUAUUUGUAGAGUUUUUGUGCGAUCUGUUCUACUCGUCCAGUCUAAUGUUCUGUUUUGGUCUAGUUCAGGCUUGUCUAGUCUUUUCUAGUCUAGUCUUGUCAAGUCUAAAUUAGUCGAGUCUGCUAUAGUCUUAUCUGGUAUAGUAUAGCUUGACUUGAUGUGUCUCGUUACAACUAAACCAAUGGACUGAUUUAGUCAAGUUUAGUCUAACUUGGUCCGUUCCAAUCGGUUCCUGUCUAGUCGGAGAAAUUAACUCAUUCGCUCUGACGAAGGGCUAACGCUGGGAACGUGAGCUUUAAAACUCAAAACGGUGGCCAAUUUACGUUAUAAACUCAGUUAAUAAUUACCUUUUUAUACUCUCCCACCGAACCAGCACCACGGUUUCGUUAGAAACUUACCCCCUGUACUCAUUUGAUUUGGUUUGAUCAAGAGAGAACCAGACAGGUAGAUCUAUGGCAGUCAAGUUUAGUCAAGAUACGCUUAGUUAAGUUUGGUCUAUUUAGGACUAGUCCAGUGCUGGUUGGUUUGGUCUGCUCUGAUCUUACCUGCCUUAAACUGGUCUGGUCAGGUCCGUUAUGGUCCAAGUUAAUUUAUGUUUGUUAAAGUGUUCCCUUUCACCCAGUUUGGUUUAUUCUGGUCUAGUCUAGUCUCGAUUAGACAAUCCCUGUUUAGACAUUUAAUCCUGUCUAGUGCUACCUUACCCUAGCAAGAACAAUUUAGUCUUCAUGGAAGAGCUAAGCUGGUGAGGGCUAACGUACAAUUUGCGAUAUAGCUGAGAGUAAGAGACGAUAAAAUUAUGAGAAUGUUGAGAUAAAGCCACUGACCACGAUUUCAUUGCUUCUUCUUAUGUAAUCUAGUUUAAAAAGGUACGAGCGAUUAAUUUUUGCCAUUUAUUUCAAAACAAACCUCUUUAAAGAUUUCAUUCUAAGUGUUAGGGUUUUGUUGCUUUCCAUGAAGGUAAAUGAGCCAUACCGUUUAGAUGUAUUCAUCGCUGAGAGAUUCCGCUGCAACUCGCGCAUUUUAUUCCAGUCAAGUGGCGUUUCAUUUCUAACGGAUGACCUUCGGCCUCUUGACUAUUUGGCUGCUAUCAGCGAGAACGCACAUGUUGGCUUUAUUGUGCAGGUAAAACUUUUUUGUUUGUUAUUUGUGUCUACCCAAACAUACGAAGAAAUAGUCAGAAAAUGGUAUGAGUAUGAAUAUGAAAGUGAUUUUGGCAGUAAUGAACACUUCUAAAGCAGUCGUGUAAAUAAGGCCUGAAAAAAAUGCAGGCCUGUGCGAGAUUAGAACCCAUGACCUUGAAGGGUUUCUCUUACUGACUUUGAUGUGAGUUAGUGGAGGGUCAGUUUGCGACUUUUAUCACUGUUAUUUGUUUUAACUAUCAGUUUAAAGAACAAGAAUUGGGAACUUCUUUAGUUUCAAACUUGUGUACUUCAUACCGCAAAGCGAAUUUGAACUAUACGGGAUACUAACGACGAGAAGUCGAAAUUCAAUGGUAAUCGAGCAGUUUAUCUUCUCAAUGACGCCGUAAACACUGAAAACCAACAUCAACACAGGUGUAAGCUCCACGAAUGACUCGUGUCUAUUAUCGCUCAUCCUCUGAUUUCUUUGCAUCUUGCUUAGGACUUUUACAUUGGAGAUGCUUUUUCGUCUGGACCUUACAACGUAGACAUUUUGGAAGGAAAUGAGCAAGACCGAUUUGAAGUUGAAAAUGGGGCUUACACAGCACCGUCUGCACCCACCACCCCUUCUCCACCCACGUUUAUCCUUAACGGAGAGUCAGUUGUAUUGUGUCCGAACGCUACAGAUGAUCCAGUGGAUCCAAUUCCUUCUGUAAAUUCAGGUAAAACGCAAUAAUAAAACCAGAUCUGUAUCAAAGCGUGCUUGAUAUAUACUGACCAAGUUAAUGUUGUGCUUACUGGUUCGGGAUAUUUCAGAGAGGGCGACUACGCGAUAUGUGCACCUGUCGUUUUAUUACAAACAAUUGAAAGCAAAAUGAAGUGUAGGUGGAGACAAUUUACUUCGAGGUUUAACAUUUAUUUUUUUAAACCCACUGAUUAAGGUUAAAGAUCAUAAUAACGUGUCUGAAAAUAUCGGAGAAAUGUUCUAAAAAAUAGUAUUCUGGGCUUCAUUCUGAUUUCUUUUUUUCCUUCUUAUAUCACUUCAUAACUGCUGGGCAAAACUCGUAUUUAUCUCUUUCCCUUUGAUUUAACAGGAAUUCAGUCAUUCACCUCCAUAACCACAUCUACAGCUAAGUUAGCACUAAAGAAACUUUUGGAUUUCGAGUACACUUCAUCUUAUUUUUUAUAUCUGAGGAUUACUGAUACUGUUAAGGGAUGGACAGGCAACAUUUCAAUCAAGGUAAGUUAUUGGUUUUUUUUGUUUUGUUGUUGUCGUUGUAUUUGUCAGGAAAACUUUUAACCUACGGUGACUCAUUACAUUCGUGUAACCUCCUCCUUUCUUUGAUUUCUUGUGUCAUGAGCUUGCAACUCCGAAAUUUUCAAGGCAAACAGCAGAGAACAACGACUUGUUGUCGACUAAAACCUUUGGGAAAAGCUGAUCAUUUAUUUAAGCAGAUAUAAUGAUUAUAUUAAUAAUUUUAGAGAUAAUUAUAAUGAUAAUAAUCAUAGCAGUAUAGCGAUGAUGAUGAUCAUUAUGAUUAUGAUAAUAAUUUUAAAAAACGAAAAAAAAAGAAGUUGUUAAAGGAGGAGAGUGAACGUCAUCCCAGUAUUGUACUAGAAUAUUUUUUUUCUGAAUGGGGUUCGGGAUUAGCUCAUGGAUAUAUUUGUGUAUGUUGUCAUUUUUUUAUCCUUCCUGGUGUGUCACGCGUUUAAAUCAUUCAAGAAAAUUAGAUCAUUCUUCUGCAGGGUUUUCAUUAACUUUUGAAGUAGAAGGGCACUGCCUCGUGAAUAGGCGAGUACCCUGUAAAAUUGAGGGCCGAAGGCCCGAACCUCUGGGGGGGUCUGGGGGCGUGCUCCCUCGGGAAAUUUUUAAAACGUAAGUCUACCAGAAGCGUAUUUUCCUGCAAUCUGGAAAAGAAAUCUUGCUAUGACGCAUACUUAUUCUAAUUUUAGUAAAAAAGAAUGAUACUCUGGGAAAAUUUUUUUUUUAUUUCACUAUACAGCUAUAGCUACAUCAAAUACUGCUGUUGUUCUCAGAGCCUCCUCUUUUCUAACAGUAACAAGCUAACUUAAACUUGUAAACUGAUAAAGAGUGUAACUGGCAAAUUUUCAACGACAGUACAGACCGAAGCGGAUUUUCACGUUUGAAACGUUUGAUAUGUUUUUGAAUGCAUUUCUUGGCUUAAUCUUGAAAGAAAAUGAAAUUGGAAAGUUUCUUUCACUUGCUCGGAAUAUUUAAGCUUUGAUAGCCAACAAAAUGCGUUAUCAGGAAGGAAGAACUACUGUCGCGCAACGCCUUCUCGUCAAAGUAAAUUUUAUUUCCACGAUCUGAUGGCAAGUUAUUGGUAAAUUUGUGCUGAAAAAUGGUUUUAAUCGUACAGGGAAGAGUUAAUAUUAAAUUUCGCACUUUGAGUAGCCGGUUACUCUGUUCAAAGUAGACGGGUGCCGGUACCUGGGACCCGGCUUCGAAUAAAAACCCUGGUUCUGGAUCUCUUGUGUUCUGUGCUUCUGCAGGUUUUUGUUGAAGACUACAAUGAUCACUGUCCAUUCUUGAAAGAAGUCAACAUAGAUUUGGACUUGGAGCCGAUUCCACCGCUUCGUAAAGAAGCGUUCUUUACUGCUAUAGCCACUGAUAAAGACAGUGGUGUGAACGCUCGGAUUACAUACAACGUCAGCGAACCAGAGAGAAUGUACGUACAGUGUAGCCUAGAUACUGAAGUCUUUUAUACAGACACGGCAGACUAGUUUUGAACUCUCUUUUAAGGCUUCUACUGGGAUCGCUACAAAGUCCAAGCUGCCUCACUAUAAUUUUUAGGUGUUAAACUUCGUGAAGGUAUAGAAAAAAGGGAAAUCCUUCUUGGAAAUUAAUUUUAAUGCAAGGCAAAGUUAAGCAAUUUGGCUUGUCAUUAGGUAUGGUCACAUACCUUGUUGACGUAGCGUUUUAUCGAAGAUUGUAAGUUAAGUAGAGAGGUUUUCUUCAACAAUCUUACUCCAAAUGUAUUCCUUGCGGUGCCUCCAAAUAGCUUUUAUAUAUUUUCUUUUACCAUUGUUGAAGUUGGCAAUUCUGACAAAGCUUAUUACAGUUUAAGUGGUAUGAAGCGACUAUUCCUUUUGAUGGGAUAUCAACCCCAGAUCUCUCCCUACCCCCCUACCCCCCCUUCUCUCUCUCCCCCUUCCUCUCCCCCCCCGUCAUUUCGUCACUUCGACUCCACGGUUAGAAGACGCAUUGUAACGGCUUUCGCAUAACCUGUCAAAGGAUAUUGUGUUAGUUUUGGAAAUUAAGUUGUAAAGGUUUCAAUUUUUCGUUUCAUUAAUUUUCUUUUUUUUCUUCUCGUCUCUUUGUAUGUUUUUCUUUUUCUAUUCCUAAAUCAUUGCCUUAUAUAACAGUCCCCACAUCAAUUCCACGAAGUUUUAUGUCAAUAAUGGUACCGAGGUGGUGUGGAGCAAUAAGACUGUGAAGUGGACCUACAAAUACUUGAUAUUUGCUGUGGAUGGAGGUUCGCCAAAACGCGGUGAUAGUAUCCCUUUGAAUAUCACAUUUGAUGCUACUUGCGAAGCAACCGGAGCUGUGGUAGCUGAUCCAGUCACCGGUGAGGUGUUCUUCAGAGCGCCUGGGCUCACAGGAUCUAAAUACCGUAAGUACCUCACAAGAAGUGUUAUUAUUAACAAUUGUUCUAUCAAUGCGCGUCAGAUAUUGGAUGCUAAAUGGCUUCAAUUAUAUUAUAUUCAAAAAGUGCAAAUUGAAUUUUUUUUCCAUUACUUUUGUCCUAAUUUAGAUUCCAAAUACCCAAAAUCUACCACAAACAUUGCGAAUAAACGCUCUGUUUAACCUGCCAAAAAACGGCUGUAAUUGUGAUCCUUGUUAUAUGAGCUCAAAUGGCGCGGCCUGUAGACCGUUCAAAAACCAGGAAUGACUAUGUUUCACGGUCAACUGUUUGCCGUUAUAUGAAUAUGUGGCUCAGUGACCUAUCUUGCCAAUGAUCUCAAUGUAGCAGAUUUAGUAGCAUACAGCAUAAUUAGCGUGACCUUAAACGAAAGUUAGCCAAAGUUAAGGGUUAGUUGUUCAAACCUAAACCAUAUUUAGCUUCUUUACAAACCUACAUAGCCACCGCAUUUUCAGCAGACAGCGGAAUGGAAAUAUGUUUUUAUUAAAUUUUGCUGUUACGCGGCAAUUAUGACAUCUGUAUAUAAAUAUAUACAUUUUUCUUUUAUAUUCAACUUUUAGCUUUAAACUCCACGGAUAAGCCGAGAUGUCGCGGCUGCACUCAUGGGUAUUUCUGUGUUGGAGAUGGAACUGAAGAAAGAUGUGGACUCGCUUCACCAACAGAAUUCUCCUUUGGUUCCGCAGCGACUUGUUCACCUUGUCCCGAGGGAUGGGUAAGUGAGUCGAGUGGUGUAGUGUACUUAUCUCUGGGGAUGAGUGGGAGGGUUUUGGAGUGGGUUCUAUAUCCUGUUUCGACCAAAACCUUUGAUUUUUCAAAAGCUUAUUUAAUUCUAAAAGCACCCACGAUUUUCUCAAAAACCCGAUAAGAAUACCAGGAGGAACGUUAAGUUGAAAGGUGAAGUGUCGCAAUACUUCGUUGCUCGAUAAUCGAGAGCAACAAAUAUUAAGGUAAUUUGGUUUUAUCAACUGAGUUGGUAACGUAAAUUGGCCACCGUAAAGAGUUUCAAAGCUGACGUUUCAAACGUUGGCCCUUCGUCAGAUCUAAGCACCAUAUAUUACAUGAAUUGUGCGUCCUUUUUUCAGCUUUGUGUGAAUGGUACCGCACUCCCCUGUCCAGAAAGUACACAUGUCAAGUGCAAUUCGACGGUGGGUAUUCUAUGAAGUACUGUUUUUGCCAUUGCGAAGUCAAUGGAUGGCAUCAAACAAACUAAACAGGGUCAAAAUUGCUUGCGAACAUCGAAUGCGGUGAAUAUUUGGUUGAACUUCUUGUGAUGAGCUCAGCAGUGGAUUGUUCAUCGUGCUAAACUCAGAACUGAGCUCUAGCCUGACCGGUUUCGUUGCAUCAUGUUCUUGAACAAGAUACUUUACUUUCAAAUAAUGUCUGUGUGACAGGAGUAAACAAAAGAUAACUGUUAUGGAAACUAGCAAUAAUUCAACCCAAUCCUGGCGAGGGAGUCUUUAUACGCCAUUUGCUUCAUUGCGAUGAACCUCGUCUCAAUUCAGCGGCUACUACUUAGUCUGGUCUACGGAUUUUAGUUUUUAAUUAAAUAAAAAUUGUUUCUCUUUUCUUGAUAGUGGUGCCCCGAAAAUUGCUUUGAUUGUGAACCUGGCACAGUUUGCUUUGAGGGAAGGAAGCAAGACUGUACACCAGGACGAUACAGUGAUGGAAAAGGUUGGUUCGAUCUCGUGGUGGGAGUUUUCGAAGAGAGCCCACAAUCAUGACAUUUUUCAAGUCUCCAAAAAUUGCUUGGUAGAUUUUGCAAAACGUCAGCCUUUCAAGAAAAUUAUCAAGGCCGUUCAUUUUUUGUCAAAAACUGAUGAAAACGUCCAAUUCUUUAAAUCUGAAUACGACUAGAAUUGAGAGGCUCAGUUCGUCUCGUAUCGUCUGCGCGUCAAAUUGAUUCAUGUGAUGUAUUAUUAUGGGAAAUUUUAAACGAUGGGAAUGUCGGCGCGAAAAUGUUAGCGAACUAACAGUAGCAGCUUGCACAGAUAGCUUACACACUACCGGAACGAAUUCCCUUUCUCUCUUCAGGAUUUCCAUGCACGCUUUGCCCUCCCGGUAGCUUCAACAACGCGACUCGUGCACAAACUUGUGAGUGUUGCGAGGAUGGUUACACCAGCACAUAUAUGAAGACCAGUUGUCGGCCAUGUCCUGCCAACGAGUGGGCAAAACAUGGAAGCUUCCCAAACUGUUCCAUGUGUCAGACUUGUUUUAAUUCUGAGGACUGUGAGUGUGACUCUUUGUUUGUUAGUUCGCCGGGCUGUUUUGAUAUUUCUUGAUUAAUUACGAGAUGUGACGGACUUAAAGCGAUAUAUCGCGGAGCCAAAGUUAUGUACGACUCAGUGCAAACUACAGUGUGCAGGAGCAUUCUUCAUUAAAAGGCGAUUUCGAGCUUUGACCUGUGGCGAACAAGACCUGUACACAGUGUUGACGAAUACAGCUGUAUAAUCGAAAAAAGAAACAAAAAGCAAAAAAGGGUUAUGAUAUCUUUUGAGUCACUAACUCGUUUUAUCCCAGAAAAGUGAUUGUGAACUAGCAUCUUUUACUCAUUCUAAAAAGCAGGUUCGCCUAGUUUCUGCGAUGCCUUUGGUUAUAUUUGUUAUUCUCGUUGAAUCUGUUCCAUUGAUCUCCAAAUUUCGCCUUUCGCCUGUGUUCUAUUCAUAAUAUUGCCUUUACUCUUUGUCACAGUUUGUAUCUUUGCUUUUUUAGGGUUAUUUCCAAGAAUUAAUUCGUAAAAUUAGCGAAAAAAUAACAUGACUGUAUUAGCUAGCUUAAUCAUAAGACUUGACGUUUCACUUGAAAUCCGCAAGGUCCAUGUUUGUCCAACGGUACUUGUUUUCCUGGUGUAAGCUGUCUUAAUGUCGGAGUUGGUCAGUCAAAAUGUGGUCCGUGUCCUAAAGGUUAUGAGGGUGAUGGAAGGACUUGUACCGACAUUAACGAGGUAGGAAGGGUGUCACUGGCACAACUUAAGCUGUGUUUUUGUUUGUUUGUUUGAAGUUGUUUCGUUUGCUUGUUUGUUUGUUUAUUUUUUUGUAUGUGUUUUGUUUGUUUUGUUGUUGUUGUUGUUGUUGUUGUUAUUUUUAACCAGACGUCGUAUCCCGCCUGAAUGACAAAGCACGCAGUACUUUUACUUGUAACAUCGAAAAAAAAGAGCAAAACAAAAAAAAUCACAAACAAUCAAACAAACAGGAGAAAAGCAGACAGAGACCUUUUAAAGUCUUCAUAGGGACACGUUGAUCAAUCAUUGAUCUAAUGGUUGAAUCAUCACCAUUAUGUAGGGGCUGUAAUGGGUGGAGAACGAAACGAUAUUCAGGCGCAGUGAUAUUGUCCCAAAAACAAAAAGAAAACCGUGUUUCUUGAUUUUCUGGUUUUAUGCUGUUGAUCGCUAGUAUGUCAAAUUCUCGUUCUUCUGGGUGUUCAAGUAUCAACGAAUCGUCAUUUUUCCACAGUGCACCCGUGCCAGCCCUUGUUAUGAGAGUGAUAAAUGCCAAAAUCUCGUCCCUGGUUACCAGUGUAACGCCUGUCCCGACGGAUACAGAGGGAACGCUCCAUCGGGUGUCGGUUUGGAAGACGCUCAGAAUUCCAAGCAAGUCUGUGAGGAGAUUGACGAGUGCAAAGAGGGGAUCAGCAGCUGUGAUCCAAAUUCACAAUGUAUCAACACAAAUGUGAGUCGUGUGUAGACCGAUUUUAUAGUUUAUCUUUGUGAAUAUCUCCUCUUUCAAUAAAAAGGGGGAAAAAAACGAAACUACAACGCCUUCUAUAAACUUAGACUAAUUUUUGAAGAUGAAGCGGAAAAAAGGAAAAUGCGUCUAUUAAUUGCUGUAAACGAAAAUUAGGAAUUUUUAGUGUGUUUUGGGUUUUUAUGAAAACGCUCUUAAAAUUAACUGAAUACUCUGCAUUUGGAAGCGCAAAUUUUAUUCGGUGCACUUGUAGGAUCUCCGUAAUUAUGUUCGAAUCACAAUUGCGGAGCCUCUGUGGUUUAAUCACCUUAGAGUAGCAUAGUAAUAAGAGACAAUGUUGAUCGUGACGACAUGACGGUCCGUCCGUCCGCAUGUACGCAGUUUCAUGUCAAUGUUGCAAGAGAAUCAGUCCGAUAGACGAAAUUUUUACGAAACGAGUACUGUAAGAAGUAGAAGUACAGGUUUAUGUAAGCUUUAUUGCAUUUUUCAACUUAUCAAUAUAUUUAUUGAUUCACAGGGAAGCUUCACGUGUGGCCCUUGCCAUCCUGGUUUCAUUGGUGAUGGCUACUUAGGUUGUAACCCUGGUGACCUGUGCACCAAUGGCUCUCACACUUGCCAUGAAAAUGCUCAGUGCACCCAGACCGGUGCUGGAAGAUUCAAGUGCAGGGUAGGUUAAACUUUCUACUUUUUUGCACUUGAAAAACAAAAAAUUGUCCGAAGGAGAGAUUGGUUUUUUUUUUCAUUUCAGCUCGGACCAAAAGUCUGAAUUUUUUUAUUCAAGUUGGCCUUCGUCACGUAGCGUAAUAAAAACGAAGUCUGUGCUUAAAUACACCUCAACCAGAAAUGGCGACCGAAGUUAAAGGGGUGUCAAAGUCGAACAAGCACACGACACGAAUUCAAUUUAAAAGCUAAAGCAUGUUUCAGGCCAAAACUCCACCCCAUUUAGUUCAUUUGUCACUUGAGUACAGCCAUCCAUUCACAUCGUACAAUUUAAUCCACACCGAAUUCGGCAACACGAUUUCAUUCGAUCAAUCAGAGACUUUCAAGUUGAAAGAUCUCACGUGAGAUCUUAUAUCCUUGCGAUGUCAUAAAUGGUGGAUCUUAUUUCUCUCAUUUAGGGAGAAUGUAUGAAAUAUGUGUAAGUUAAUGAGUUUACCAUGUCUUCUUCCUAGUGUAAGGAUGGGUACGGUGGUGAUGGAGAGGAGUGCGAAAUCGAUCCAGACCUUGAUGGAAUUCCCUCCGUAGGCUUAAGUUGCACCUUGCCAAAUUGCUUCAAAGUAAGUACGACACAUAAUUCUAUAAACUUAUCUUCGGUCCAGCAACCGGGAGUGAAUUAACUGUUUCAGAAAUAACAAACCAAACAUUCAGGCCUGUCUGCAAGGAGGUUGGUAAUCCCAGGUAUGUGAGGUAACCUCCUUAGGUGGGGUAACCGGCUGGCCUUAGGGUCUCUCACUUUAUGUUGAUCACGUUUACAUGAUAGGUGGGGUAGCCCGCCCAGGUGCGUUUCCCAGUCUACCAGGUAGGUAACCAUGUCAGCCGGGGUCAUGUUACAUUCGUAAGUGCGCCAACAACCUCUAGAAUCCUCACCCCGGGAUCCUGGGGUUGUAAGAUUGUAUGUAAACGCGGGCUAUUUUUCAACCUCAGCUAGGCGGGUUACCUCACGGACUUAAGGUCCUCCCCAUCCAUGUAAAGAGGCUCUUAGGGCGUGACGCCAUUAGUUUGCUGACUUACUGCUUAAAAUGCAAGACGAAUUACAACGCAAAUUUCUCUCGAUCCUGUUUAGUAAGUUGUUUGAUUAGCAAUUUUAUGGGAGUUGAAAGCGAUAUGGAGAUGAUGAAAUUUUAAAUAUUUAUUUUAGAAAUACAUGUAAAUCAAGACUGUAUUGUUGUUUGGCUCUUUUCAUUCCGUUUAUUAACAUAGCAGUUACAACUGACAUCGCCACACCAUGUUGGAAUGUUCAUGCGAUUAAAAAAAUUAGGACUUUUCUUCGCUGAAUCAUUUAGCCUUCAAACUUUUUUAACUUCAAUGAUUCAGCUAAUGCUCACUCUAUUAAAACCAAAACAAAAUCAACUAUUAUCGAAACAGGGAUAUCGAGGUAUUUUUGUUUUUCAAUGGUUUAAGGGGCAGGCUUAACCCUUUCAUUGAGGAUCAUGUGCCAGUUUGGUGCUAUGCAAAAGUCUCGAAUUUUUUUAUCCAUUAAUGCUACAUUGCACUGCAGGAUAACUGUCCAACUGUACCUAAUACGGGUCAAGAGGACACCGACGGUGAUACAGACGGGGAUGCUUGUGAUGAAGAUGACGACAAUGAUUUGAUAGUCGACAAACUGGUGAGUGUAACCUCGUUUUUAUUUUUCCGUUAUUUAUAAUUUUUUAUUUAUUCUUUGUCGAAGGUUUCGUAUAGAAAGGGUUUCGAACCCUGGAGUAUUAAUAGAACGUGUUUUCUGAUCGUCAGGUUGAGAGUAGUUCUGAGGGACUGUUUUCGAUAGAAGUGAUUUACUUUUCGACAGAUAGUAAAACGUUUAACCUUGUCUGAUCGUGGGGUUGAGAAAAGUCCUGGGCCCGGUUGUUCAAAGGCUGAUUAGUGCUAACCCACGGUUAAAUAUUAAAUGCAGUUUCCUAUAUUUCACUCUUUAAAAGCUGUUUUGGGAUAAUUUUCCUAAUUUUCUAUAGAACAUUUAGUCAUCAACUUGUACACAAAAAGAAUCAAAUUCCUUUUUCUUUUAAAGCCCUCAGAUCUGAAAUCAAAAUUCACAUAAACCUUGGGUUAUCUUAAUCCGACUUUGAACAACCUGGCCCUGAGAAUGAUUGUUAUAGAUAAAAGUGACGGACGUUUCGACGACCAUGGCGUAAGUUAUCAUCCCAGUCGACUUUGGUGAUGCUUUCGCCAAGCUUGUCUAAAUUUCAGUCACUAUUACCGACAACACUCCUUCCAUCUGGACAAUCAGACGGACGAUCAGACUACACGACAUGUCUGAGUUCAUCCAGCCUUUUUAAACCUUUCAAACAGAGGUGAUCCUACGAACGCCUUUGUUGAUAUAUGUGGUGUUGUUUCCAGGACAACUGUCAAUUUGUGAAGAAUCAGGACCAGUCCGAUUCGGAUGGAGACGGAGUAGGUGACGCAUGUGAUAACUGCAUCAAUCAACAAAAUCCUGACCAACUGGACAGUGACGGAAAUGGAGUUGGGGAUGCAUGUAAUACAACGGAUCCUGACGGCGAUGGUAAGAGUUAACCAUUGUCACACAAUAUCACACACGUUCAGAUUAUUCCGUAGCUUGAGGGAUGGGAUGAUUGCGUAAUAAGAGCUUGACCGUGAUAUAGCUCAUGCAACUGGUUAGCAAGAGUUAGAACUCUUUGGGGAAUUCUCUGAGCUUUUGUACUUGUAAAAGUAGGUAAUUUAUGUGAGAUUUUAUUUGAAUUCUUGGCUGAUAAAGCGAACGAAAGGUAAGCAUAAUUGCCACUUUUAUCAAUUUUUUUUCUAUGAGUGAGUACCGGGGAAACUUGGUUUUAGAGAUGUUAACUGCAAAAUCAAAAUAGCUACAAAAUCUAAGCAGUAAGCUGUAUAAACGAUUUUCUUUUAUUUUCUGCAAACUUUAAACAUGCAUUUAGAUGUUUUUCUAGAUAUCUCUUUAGCUGUUUUAUUUUGUUUUCUGCUUUGUUUGUUUGUUUGUUAAUUUGUUAAUUUGUUAAUUAACUGAUUAAUUUAUCAUUCUUUUUGCAGGAGUAUCUGCUGAUAACUGCCCAUUAGUCAGUAAUCCAGCCCAGAGCGAUACAGACUCUGACGGUGUUGGUGAUGCCUGUGAUAACUGCCCUUCAGUGAGUAAUAGUGCUCAGGUACGUCUCAUCUAUUUCAUGAGAGUACUAAUCGACACGUUGCAGAAUAAGCAUCCAAAACAUUUAAAGAUUCGCUGUUGACAUUGAAAUGACCUCAAGCUACCCAUUUGUUUUUUUUGCGUGUUUUUGAAAACACCUGUUCGAUGGUAGCUCAGUACUACUUCAAUUUUCUCUCUUCGAGAAUGGUACAAACAAAAUCCCAAUUUCCAGUCUCUCAGGGUGUUUCUAGACUUAACUGGCUUAAUUGUUACUAAAGUAAGAUCUGGAAAAAGAAUAUGAAUUGUUUAACGGUGAGAGUGAAAUUGUAUCAAACCCUUAUCGCAGCAACGUACGAGAAAUUAGGGUUGAAAUGAUCCAUCCUACGAUCACGCAAUUUGUUUUAUCAAAAACUAAAUUGGCCACCAUAAGGACUUUCUAAGCUGACGUUUCGAGCGUUAGCCCCUCUUUUAGUUGUGAGUUGUGGAAAGUGAUAAAUGCAGCAAGUUCGAUAACUUUUUUUUCUCCUAUAGACUGACGCCUAUCAAAGCGGAUAUGGCGAUGCAUGUUUCGGACCUGGAAAAGACAAGUGAGUCGACCACUUCCCUCUUAAAAUCUGAAAGUUGAUUCUUGGGACAAAUACCGUACACUUGGAGAUAUUUUUUUCUCCGAGUGUGCCUCUGUAAUUCUCUGAAUAAUAUCAUCUUUCAGUACUCAGUAGUUUUACCAUUUAUCAGAUGAACGCUGAUACCUUUUUCCAUGCAUUACAUUCCCAUCUUUAAUCUGAUUGAUUGGUUUCCAGGGAUGGCGAUGGCGUACCAGAUGGUUUUGACAAGUGUGUUGAUCUCCCAAAUGGCGAACAGGCAGACGCUGAUGACGACAGCGUAGGUACGAUGUAAAAUACAGACGAGAAGACCAACGGCACAGUGUAGGACGUGCUUUAUUAUGCGAUUGUAGAAAAACGGUGCCAACUAAUAUUUGACUUGACUGAUAAGAUGAUCUCUGCAGUGAGUUACAAAGAGGUUAUGACAAACCAAUUGUUUUAACUAAUAUUUACAGCUUUACAGAGUCAUGUGAGUAUAAAUUCUCUUCUUUGAACGAAUUUUUAGGAGAUGCUUGUGAUGGUGAUCAGGACGGUGACAAUGUUGGUAAUAAUGAUGAUAACUGCCGUUUAGUGAGCAACGCUGGUCAAGAACAUGUUAAUUUGAAUUACGACGCGAAAGGUAAAUACCAUGUUACCAUGUGGUAGAAGUACCGAUGAUUUCGUGAGCAAUUUAAGAAUAAAAUAGGCGAUGCGAUAACAUGAGUUUUGGGUAUUGAAAUAUUACCUCUACCAAAGCGGACAAUUCUAGGCGACCAACUCAACACCUUAAGAAAACGACUUGCAGGCAAAAUGAACACAAUUCAAGAAUCUGACUGUGGACAGUCAAACAGACUGCACUCAAGCCAAUGUUUUUUUUUUUUUUUAAUUUAGUGGUGUAUUCCUUUUUUCCAUAACUUUAUUGACUCUACACAUUUUAAUUUUUAUUCACAUCGGCACCAACCCUUGAUUAUUUGCAUUUGCUGGUUGGGAUUUCGUCACGAAAACGUCGUGUUUCAUGUGUGGCUCUUUUUUAUUUUCUCAGAUGUUUUGUUGUCGAUCAGCAAGUUUUUUUCUAUAAGGGCAUCCGCGUAGAUCGGCAUAAAUCGGACAGAACAUUAUCUCAUGCAAUGCUGAUAUUUCCAGCGUUUCAGCGUGGCUUGGGCUUUUUACGCGAAUGCAUUAUUUUAAGGUUAUUUUUCUUAAAGAAAAACCACAAAUCAGUUUUCUUUUUUUGGUUAAUGUAUACUUCGUCACAUGAGCUGGUCAACUUAGAUGGCUUGUGCUUGUUAUUUAUUUGUAGCAAGACCUGUUGGAGAUGCUUGUGUCGAUGAUUUUGAUGGAGAUGGUGUCCAUGAUAACGAUGACCACUGUCCAUAUGUGAAACAUCUCAGUAAGACAAGCUUCAUAGACCAUUUCACUGUAGACCUGGAUCCUGGACACUCGGAUGAACUUCCUGUCUGGAGAGUCGCUAAAAAGGUAUGUCUUGCUCGAUAAUGCUUUUCUAAAUAGCAAUAGGACAUAAGUUUAUGCUUACUACAAUGCAGUGAUUAUCUCCUGUGAUAGGCUAAUCUGGGCUUCCAUAGGCACAAGUUGAUGUUGUGUACAAAAAAGUUUAUGGGCUGUUGACUGUAAUGACCAAUAGCAUUGUCUUCCUGUACUUUAAUGCCAUGUUCUAAGGACGUUCACCACUGUUGGUCAAUCCUAACCACUAUGGUUUUCCAUCCUCGUAUCCUGUAUCCAUGGUUUGUCCAUCAUGGUGUUUGCAAGUCAAUCCGUUAUAUUGUUCUCCACCCUUCGCCUUUUUUGUUUACCAUACUCUACUUGAGUUUAUUGACAUUUGUGUUUUCCUUCCCAGGGUAUUGACGUUGAAGAAAUUACUAACACCUCAUCAAAGCACCCUGCUAUGCUUAUCGGUUUGUGUUCAUGUUUGUCAGUAUUGCUUGUUGUGGUGAUGAGCUUCUGAACCUAAAAGUGUUGUAGCCAAAAAUUCAUUUUCACUGAGCUUUUUUUCGUCACAAUCUGUAGAAGAGGAUACCUGAAAAGUACCGAUGAAGGCUAUGUUGCGUUAUGAUCUUUAUAAAAUAAAAGAGUCUAAGGUUGUAAAACGUCGAAGUCAGUUUUUUGUUGCCACUGAAGAGCUUGAAAUUUUUGCGCAAUGUGCAUUGUUACUUGAGGCAACUCUAAGCGAUAAGACGAGUACUGACUUCCAGAUCUCUCGGACAAUGUCACGUUAAUAAGAGAGCCUCAGUUGUGCCACAGGAAAUUCCGUGACCAAGAUGUUUGAUUUUCAGAAUUCAUAUUAAUUUAAAUGGGUUAAAUCCAUACAUAUAGGUGGCUUAAGUGAUCUCUUAACUCUUUAACCCCUGAGAGUGACUAACAUGUAAUUUUUUCCAACAGUAUAACCCCUGCAUCACACAGUAAGGUCAUGGGAAUUCAGGAAAUGAUCAUCUUCUAAAUAUUCUCUCAAUUUAUGCACAAAUUCUCCUUGUCAGCACCUUAGGAAAUGUAUAAAGAAGAGUAUGGAGAAUAUGCAUGCUGUUGUUCAGGUGUAAAGGGUUAAACAAAGCCAUAUCCACUCUUCAUUUAUCAUGCGAAAUUUUACACGAACCGCCACUGUAUAUAUCAUGGAUUAUUAUGAUGAUUGUUCCCACGUAGGAUUAUCUAUUCCCUUUUUAUGUAUAUUCCUUCGUGUUCCUGUAGGUCAAUCCCGAUAUGGUCCCGUUGACUUUAGUGGAGUACUUUAUGUGAAGGAGAGUGAUUCAUCCGAUUAUGCCGGAGUAGUGUUUGGUUAUCAAUCAAACCGCAAAUUCUAUGUGGUGAUGUGGAGAAGAGAGAACAGUAAUUUUAAGGAUCUGAACGAUAAGGCCGGAAUUAAAGGAGUCCAAUUAAAGGUAAGUCAUUCUAGAGGUAUUUUGUCAAUUAGCAGAUGAUUUGCGUGUAGCCUUAUCCCUUUUGAUUUCACAGCUCGUCGAUUCAAACACGGGGCCUGGAAAUUCGUUGGCGCAAGCGCUGUGGCAUUCCGGAGAUACUAUUAACCAGGUAAGUGAACUCUCCCCUGUCAAAAACAACAUCCAACAUACAGCACUAUAUAGUAUGUUAAACGUUAUGAGAGACAUCUAUCUUUUCUCUCAGGUGAAGCUUCUAUGGCAAGACCCUAAAAUGGAAGGAUGGAAAUAUGAAACCUCUUACGCCUUCCACGUGUUUCACAGACCAUCCAUCGGUCUAAUAAGGUAUAAAGAUCUUUUUAAGGAAUUUCGUUUCUUCUAAAGGAAAUUGACUUCGAAAACUUGCGUAAAUACUAGCCUAAGUCUUCGAAUGUUAUGAACGAUGAUCUAAGGUAAAAUGAUAGGUAUAUGGGCAGAGUAAUUUCCGAUGAUAAUGAUAGGCAUAUAUGUAAGUCGUGAGAUAAGUCGUCGUUUAUUAAAAUAAUAUCUGGCUGUCGUGAGACUGAAUUACAUGUUUUAGAACAAAAAUGGAUAAUCUAUUUACAUACGAUAAAUAUAAUAAUAAUAUAUGCAGUAUCAAGUGGCUUGGCUGCAUAGUGCAUAAUAAAUGAGUUCUUAAAUCUGUUAGUAUUGAUUAAUUGUAGCGAGUAUGUGAAAGAAAUAAUUAAUGAGAGGAGAACGCAUCGUGUGAUUCUUUAUUUCAGAGUACAAGUUAAACAAGGCGAGAAAGUGCUGACUGAAUCAGGUGAUGUGUAUGAUACAACGAUCACCGGAGGAAGACUGGGUAUGAUGGUUUUCGGCCAGCAGGAUGUUAUCUGGUCCAGACUAGAAGCUAGGUGUAUUGACAGGUCAGUAGAUAAGUCAUUGCCCGUCAUCAUCCAUACUGCAUCUGUAAGGUUGUGUUUUUACGGAUGCUCGUUCUCGUAAAUGAUUAUUGUGUUUUCGAAACCAACCUUAGGUGAUUGCUUAAAGUAUAAAAAAUGUAUACACACGGGCCAAGUAGUCUAUCCAGCCGGAUAGGACGCGCACAUUUCUUCCCCAGAAUUUCAUCGCCCGUACCAGUCAGGGGCAAUGUGUCAGUAAAGUUUCUCGUCCAAGAACACUUCAGCAAGAUUCAGCCAGGCCUCGAACUCGGCCCUAACCGCUCAGCCACCGUGGCUCUUACAAAAGUAAUUUCUUUUAAUGAGGACUUCGUAUUUUGUCCAGUCUGAUAGUUUUGGCUUCGCAAUUGAUACCAUCGCGCUAAUGCAUUUUGUUUCGGCAGUUAUUUGUUAUUAUUUAUGAAAGGAUUUGGAAAUAGCCAUUUACACAAACCAGUGAACAUGUCGUUGUCCAGAUAUAAGUCAGAUGGACGCUGUGGCCGAAUAAGCAAUCUGUGAGAAAAGAUACAUUCUCUAACCUGGAGAAAAAUCUUUUUUUUGUUGUUGUUGUUGUAUCAGGGUAAAUCAAGCUUUGCACUUUGAUGGAGUUGAUGAUCACGUAACCCUUCCAUCUAUCCAUAAUCUUGGUUUAACAGACAGGUACCUGCAUUCACAAUUUAAAUUUACCUUUUUGUUUGACUUUUCCUCGUCAUUGGUCUCUAUUCUUUCAUGUAAAGACUCUCUUCUCCACUAAACUAGCGACUGGAAUUUGAAUUGUAUCCCAAGGCAAGGAAGGAUGUUACUCACGCAGUGAGAAAUAAAAAAAUUCAAAAAAAACACAAUUCGAAUCAUGGGUGAGGAGGGGAAGGGGUCAGCAUUUUGUUUUAACCUUACAGUUUGGAAUUAUCUAAUUGCAGUUUUACGAUCAGCACUUGGGUUUGGAUGGCAGCGGAUUAUCCCAAUACUGAUAUGCCCAUCGUGUGUAGUCUGGAUGCCAAACUAUGCUUGUACUUAAAAAACAGGUAUAACGUGUGGUUUUUAUUUGUUUGUUGUUCUGUAUACUCAAAGACAAUUUAUUCAGUGAAGAAGAGAAGAGAAAACUAAUCAUAAUUCCGUUUCAUCUGCUGUCUAGACAAGUCUAUGGGAAUAUGGGACCGUCUGUCGUUCAAGGGUCGGAAGUUAUUGAGCCCGAAGAAUGGCAUCACCUGGCCUACAGAUAUGACGCCCAGAGUAAGUACACCAUUUGAUUAACAGACCUUAUUGUUCGUUUAAUGAAUUGAAAUGACUGUUAGAUAGGCAGGCAGGGAGCCAGUCAUCCAGUAUAUAAUUCAUUCCGGUAGCCUGUAAGUCAGACAGCCAGUCAGUUUGUCAGUUAGACAGUCAUUCGCUCUCUCAGCUGCUCACUCAGUAACUUAGCUAGAGAGUCAAAAAAGUAGCUAUUCAAUCUGUUAAAAAGCCUACUAACUAACUAGUGGGCCAAUCAGUCAGCCAUCGAGUCAAUCAGGCAGGCAGUCGGCUAGUCAGUUAGUCAGUUAGCCAGUCAGUCAGAAAGUUAGGCAAUCAGUUAGUUACCAGUCUAUACAUGUGUAAGUCACUCAUUCUUUCUCUCUAUCAGUUUAUAAGUCACUUAGUUUGUCAAAUACACAGAUGGACUGAUGGACAGACGAAUGUAUCGGACGCAGUAAUAGAUGAAAGCUGAUCUGAGAGGCUAAUGUCUUUUAGUUUUAUUUAUACUUACUUUGGAAAAGCGGUUGACUUGCAUACUGAUCUACGAGAAGCGAAACGUUAUAUUUUGAAAUUUUUUAGCAUGAAGUAAUUCUUAAAAAAGAAAAUAAUCCCUCACUUUUCAAUUUCAGCUUACGAACUUAAGCUUUUUGUAAACGGUUCAUCCGUUGGAUCACAAAGCGAUGUAUUGCCACAAACCUGGGUAGGUCUCUGUAACUUUUACUCAUCUCUAAUGUUUCAUAAGGUUACGCGAUAAAAAAAAUGAAGGACAGACUCCUGCCUGUAUAACUCAAACAAGAGAGGGUCGGACUCCUGUGUACGACGGUGAGCUUUCAGCCUCGGACCUGACCAACUCAUAGGGAGUGACUAGCACCUAAUUUCUCCUUACAAUAUCACCCUGGAAUCACACUUAAGGUUACUAUAAUAGAGAAAAUGAUUGCCAACCAAAGAAGUUCUCCAUUGUUAAAGCAAAUUGUCCUCGUGAACACCUUAGGAAAUGUAUAGAGAACGGUAUGGAGAAUGUGCAUACUGAUAUUAGGAUUAAGGGUUAGAGAAGAACACACUUUAGUACUUAGAGUGCUUCCGUUAUAGUCGUGUGGAAUGUGAUUAAAUGAAUAAAUUGAUGAAGCUAUUAAACUAAAAGAAAAAAAAACACAGGGGAAAAUGUUUUUCUGUCGUAAAUUUACGUCUUUAGUCUCUCUCUCCUCUCUUUGACUUUGUAGAAGUUAGAAAUAUAUUUUCUCUCUCUUUCAGUCUUCUAAUGAUCUUCUUUAUGUGGGACGUGACAAUAGUAACUACCUGAGUGGAACUGUGGAUGACGUAAGUGUAUUUCGUCCUUAGGUUGCUUUUGUCUUUUCAUUUACCCUCUGAAUUUUCGGAGAAAAUUUAUCACGGUUGAUGAAUAGUUACUUCCAAUGAGUAGGACUUUGCAACAGUUUGAUUGAUGUCAAUAAAGCCAUGGCUCCGAUUUAUUCGAAUGGAGUCGUUAGUGUUCAUGAGUUAUCGCAGAUAUCUACGCAGGACAACUUAUUACUCUAACUAUGUAACAUUCCAUUCGUUUCGAACCACGGUCGCUUCGCACCUACGGUCGUCUCGUAUCCAGUCGAUUCGUACCAAAAUUCAGACAAUUCGUACCCAGUUUGCGUCGGCUAGUAUUCAUACGGCUGAUCGAUAUGUAGCCGUAUCAAUAAUUAUUCAUUCGAAAUACCGCACGUGCGCCCGCCGGAACAGAUGUCGAUUGUUGUCUACGGCAAGCUAGUAGAGUCAAGCGAGUAAGGUGCAAUUAAAAUUAUGUUGUGUAUACUUUCGACACUCUUGACAAAAACAACUGAAUUAUUGCAUAGCGCAAGGUAAGCGAUUCCUUUCAAUAUAAUUUUCUAUUGCUCAUCAACUGAAGAAUUAUUGGAUGUGGUUGAUUUAUGUUUUUAGACCUCUUUCAAGCUAAGGAAAGGCUUUGGCUAAAAAAUCAAACAUUUUUGUCCACCAUCUUGAUGGAAGAACUCGUUUGAUUUUUUAGAUUUUUUUUUUAUCAAACUUUGCUUCUUAACGUUCUGCGUCAUGAGCAAAUGUUUGAUCGUCUAGCCAACCUAUGUUGUGUGCAACAAACUCGAUGCUUAACGGCAUAUUUCAACUUAAGUUGGGGCUUAAGAACUUAUAAACUUGUCCCUUUAUUCAUUUCCUACAGUUGACUCUAUGGGGGGUGUACGUCGAAGAUGCAGAGAUUGCCGAUUACAUGAAAACUGCCGGCCUGUUGUUACCCAUCCACAAGGGCGUGGUCAGAGCGCAUUUCAACAUGGACGAGACUUCUGAUUCAGUCAUUCUUGAUCAAGCAGGAAAUGGUUACCAUGGAAAUCUAAUGGGCGGAGCAAGUUUCGUCGCGGUGAGUGACGUGUUUGAUGAUCUCGUGAUGUUCCUAUCAUGGUAUUUUGGUUGCUGAAAUGACUAGUCCUAGGGAUCUAUUAAGACCAGGUGACAUAACCCUUUGAACAACUGCGGCAGGGCAAAUUUGUAAGGAUACGAGCCCUCGUUUAGCGUUUAAACGUCGUAUUGUGACUUCCCGACAUCGCGGGUCUCGCGAAUCUCUUUGGUGACACUCGAAACCCGGGAUGUCGUGCAAUAUAAUAAAUGAAUAAUAGGUUGUUGCUCAUGCUGCUCAACCUCAAACUGACCUUCACUCAAUGGAAAAUGUGCUGUUAACUUGUUUUGUUUCUUAGAGCUCCGUCGACAAGAAUCGUUUUGUAAUCACGUUCCCGAACAAUAGGAGGAGGAGAAGAAGAAGUUUAAAUACACCUUGGUCGCAACACAAUGAACUCUAGGAACUGGAAAGUUGUUGUUGUUGCUGUUUUCUUACAAUUUUUUUUGUAGCACCGUCACGAAUUUCAACUUGAAUAAUAUUUGCUUACAUGUAGAACUUGCGUAGCAUACUUUUAAUUGAUGCAAGCCGUUUGAGACCGUUCAUGACCUUUUUUGAACUAUUUAUUGUAUUUAAGGAACACUUGAGGGUGCAAUAACUCAUAGUUUGAUUUGUAACAUGGACAUUAUUUGAUUUAGUAACAAUGAUUAUUUAAAGCUUUAUGCAUGGUCAAUAAUAUUUAUAUUUUGUUUACUUCUUAAAAAGUUUCUACUGAUUUUGUAAUUGCAACCACAAUCAAGAUUGUUGGAAAAUUUCCCCUUUCCUGUACUUCUCAAUAUUGGUGACGUGAAAAUUGGACCCUACCAAGAAAGCUCAAAAUCGAUCAGUUAACAUGAUAUGUACCUCUAUUUAGUGGCAAUGUUUAUUUAAAGCUUUGUGCACAGUGCUAGUCUUCCAAACAUAGGAAAAGAACACAAUGAUAUUUAUAUUUUGUUUACUUCUAAAUAAGUUUCUGCCGAUUUUGUAUUUGCAACCACAGUCAAGAUUGUUGAAAAAUUCCCCCUUUUUUUAUAAUUCUAAAUGAUGGUGACUUGAAAAUUGGACCUCACCAAGAAAGCACAAAAUUGAUCAGUGAACAUGUCCUGUACCUUGCAACAUGAUAUGGUUCUUACAAAAUACAGCGAAUAGCUGAUGAGAAUGGAUAAACUUAUCAACCCAGAGAGUACUAGUCUGACACAAAAUUCUCUCAACGAAUUUACGAAGAAGCAUAUUGUAGCUUGAGAGUAGCGUUUAAAAUCAAACUAAGGAGUGAAAUGGAUUAAAAGAAGAAUCGAUCGUAGAUUGACUGUUCGUACGUGUAGUUGUAAACUAAGUUAUUUAAAUCAGUGGCAGGUUCAUUGAUCUGCGGUAGAUUCUGAUUUAUUUAGAAAACAUUCGCUUAUUUAUAUGUCCUUGUGACAGUGUAACUUGUCCAUGGAACACCUUAAAGGUGUGGCGAGACGUGUAAGUCAGGAUCGGGUUUUAGAAAGCGUUUUGCAGUAGUCCUAAUUUAGCUGUUAAGAUGUCAGCAUAUGGCUUUUCCUAUGCAGUUAACAUAGUGUUUCGGAGUUUCGAGGAACUUGAGCAGGGUUUAUCACUGACAAUAUUAAGUUUACAUUAGAAGAAAUGGACAGGGGAGAAGCACAACUAAUGUCAUGUAGGAGUUUUAAAUGUAUAUUUUUGAUAACUAUUAGUAUUCCCUAGUAUAUUUUUAAAAUGCAGAAAUUUGACUUUUUUCAGCACCAUAAGAAUGUGUUAAUAAAGAACGUUCAGGUUUAUC